AUGGAGGAACCCGACAUAUACGAUGAAUCAGGUAAAUAUCAUAUCUUCUAUAUUUGUCUUCUGAGUCCAUUCCUGAUGGUAAAAGCAUUUAUAAUCACACAUAUGUACAUAAAACCCAUUACAGUCAGUUUGAAGAAGCUUUUAAAUUUGUUGUCACAUUUCUUAAAAAGUAUAUCUAACUAAACUGUUAUGUACAUGUAUCUAUGAGCGGAUUAAAAAGAGGAAGCAAGCAUGUCAGCCUUCCUGUAUGGCUAAUUCAUAAGCGAGUUACUUUAAAAUUUCCCAAACAUCUCUAUGAACAAACAGAUGGUGAGCCUCUGCUCAGUCAUCAUAAAUCAUGGUGACGGUGAAAUAGCAGUUUUGGAUUUUACACUCUAAUGAGUCAAACUGAAUUACUCUGACUAACCAAACCAGUGUUUGCUCAGCCCAAUGUUUGCACAACUUCUCACUGGCACUGCUCAGACAUACGACACAAAUCAGACAUUCAUCAUCCCACCACAGUCACCUUGGCAUUUCACAGCCAGACGGCUAUGCUGGGUUGUGUUGUGGGGCAUUUCCCUCAAAUCCACCACCAGCUUGAACAUCAAAUCCGACACUAGUAAAGCCAUGGUCAUCAUCAAGAUGAUGUCAUUUUCAUUCACUCACUUGGUGGGGUCAGACGGGGUUUAGCAAUGUAUAUGAGGAACUUACAGGUCAGUUUUUGGUCAGUUUCGAGACUAUUUCCAUGUUUUGUGUAUUCAUCAUUUGUAUAUCUUAUUUUUCAGCAAAUUUUGAAUCCCUUUCAGAAGAUACACUUUUAAUUCUGCACACAGCUGAUGCACAGGAAUGGGCAGUGUACUUAAAGCAGAUCCUAAAUUCCUCCAAAAAAUUCCAGAAAUGGUCUAUUUUGCUAUAUGUAGUCGAUGCAGCUGGGCAGCCUCUCGGAUAUCAGUUUGAGUAUUUGCAAAGCUGCAGAUGUAUCCUGCUGCUUCUGACCGGAGCUUUCCUGGACAUGCUGUGUGACCUGGAGCUGAAGGGAGCCCUUCAGAGACUGCUUUAUCCCCCACAAAGAGUGGUAGUGCUGCUGUGUGGUGUGUCAGAGGAUCAAACAUUGUCAGAGACCUUCCAAGAUUGGCAGAGUUGGAGAAAAAUUUCUGCCGAGGAUGAGCCUGCUGUCUACGUCUCCACCAUACUGGCCUCCAUCAAUGACAGUAUGCCAACAUUUCCUCCUUUUUAUAUGAUCAUAGGGACAGCACAACUACAUGACCUUGAAUUUAUUUUAAUAUCUGUGAAACUACUGAGACACUGACCAGAGCAUCAGAUUAGUGUCAGUUCACCAACAUGACCAAAAGAGUCAUCAGUCUACUUAAGGAAGUAAAAGUUCAUAAUGUGCGUGACAGUCAAAAUGUGAAAUAAAUUACAACUCCCUGUAUUUAAUCCAAAAGGUGAAUAUUCUAUUACUUGGAUUUGCUGUCAUCAAGGUGCCUGCAAACACUGUUUAAAGAGACUUGAGAGCAUCAUCAGAUGGUUUUACUGACAAGUCUACGUGUCUAAACACCUCCACUGUGUAGGUGUGCUGGUAGAAGUUUCAGAUGUGGUUCCAUUGAAAGUGAAACAACAUCUUAGUAAAAAAAAAAAAAAAAAGAGGGACUUUUGAAGCUCAGCCUUCACUCCUGACCAAUUAACUGAAGACUUUUAACAUGUGAAAGGUUCAUAUAUGACCACAGGAGUAAAUGGUUUUUGUUCAUUUUCAAUUAACUUCUUAUUUCUUAAUCUAAAGACAAACGAGUGGAGGCUAAACCUGAGAGCAAGGCUGCAGCUGUAGUCGAGCUGGGUGUAAACGAAGCCUCCUCACCUGAAAACCCCAUCAGUGAUCAAACAGGGGAAGUUGUGCCUGAAGACCAAAAGGAACCUGUACCAGAGAAGGAAGAACUUGUGACUGACAGCUCAACAAACAAGGAAACAAGCUCACCUACCAGCCUCGAUUGUCUCACCGUUCAGCCAAACAGAGUCCUGUGCGGGGUAAAUCUGAAGGUGUUACACAAUGAUAGUCCUGGAGUCAGUGCUGAGCUGUUUCCAUGGUGAUAACAUGUGACCAAAGAGUUCAUGAAAAAAUUAAUUAUUUUACUUUAGUCCUUAAAGAGUGCAGAAAUGUUUUUAAAUGAUGUGUUAUCACAACUGUUAGUAGAUGCAGAGAAGUUUAAAAUAUGAGCUUUUCUAGAUAUAAUAACGUAAUUAUAAGGUUAAGGAUCUAAACCUACGUAACCUUAAGUAACUGAAUUUCUUUUUUUGCCAAGGAACAAGAAAAACUCUUUAUCAUUGUCACACAUAAAGUACAGUCAGCACCAGAGGUGGAGUUUUCAUCUGAAAACUGUCCUUCAAAAAGAGUCCUAGGGACUCUGGAGAAUGAUUAUACAAUCACUGUCUCUGCACCAGGCAAGUAUUUCAAGACCUCAUAUGAAUUUUUUUAUCUUUGCGUUUUGGUUUAAAGAUCUUGAUCUUGAAUAUGGAAUAACUUGAAUUCUGGUCUAGAUAUGCCUGCUGGAGUCAUAUCGCUAACCUUGUAUGCUGACCAGUCCUGCAUCAGUUUAAAGCCUGUCACAUAUUAUACUCUCAUGGACGAGGUCAGUCGGCUCCUUGGAAAUGCUACUGAUCCUGUUCGCUUCAUGUGCCAGGUGAGGCUUCGUCAUGGAGUGGAAAUAUGUUCCUGUUUGUUUAGCUGAGUUUACUAUAUCAGAUGCAUCACAGCAUACCUGAGGCUCAGAUCAGUUUUAUUAAGAUCCUUAUAAUUGAAUAUCUUAGUUUACAUUAAACUCUUCAUAUUUUACAGAAAACAAUUUAAUAAAUUUAGGUCCAAUGGAGAAUUACAAUUUAAACAAACAUCUAACAGAUUUAGAAGGUUAUUGGAGAUCUAAAGAUUGAUUUAGUUUGGUGCCAAAAUGUUACUUUCACCAAUUGGGGUUAAAGCAUCCAGUUAAAUACCACUGAUUUAAGUCAAUGGUCAAAGUCUGAGUAAAAUAAAGGACCUUUUUGUUUUUUAAUUUGUUUACAGUCAGCCUUUAUCUUUGGUAAAAAAUAAACAAAUAAAUAAAAAUUGAAAUUUAUAUCAAAUCCCAAAAAGAGUGUCAUGAAGAAACUUAUAAAGCUCAGAGAUUUGCUGAGAUUAUUUGUUAAGAUGGAUACUUGAGUUGGCAGGAUAAUGGUUAUAUAAAUGGUUGGUUGGUUAGUUUGUAUUUUAGACCCCACAUGUGUUUUAGUAAGCUUUAGUGAUGUUCCUAACUGUGCCAAAUGAGUGCCGUGGAUGCACUAACUUGGCAAAGUUAAUCAACCAAUCAAUCAAUCAAUCAGAUUUUAUUUAUAUAGCACCAACUCACAACAGUCGUCAUGCCAAGACGCUUUCCAAAGAAAAAGAGCAGGUCUACACCAUGCUCAUUGUUUGAUUGAUUAUCAAGACUUAACCUGGGAUGGGAUUUGGCUUAUCUCAUCUAACAUCAGUAGCAGUAGCAAGGAAAAACUUCCUUUUAACAGGCAGAAACCCUGGGUAGGACCAGACUAAUGCUAGACAGCCACCAAGCCGCUGCUGGGUUGGGGAGGAAUACAGAAAGAUAGGGAGGGGAGAAAGAGAGAGAGAGAGAGUGAGAGAGAGAGGGUAAGGGGAGACAUUAAAACAACAGCAACAACAACAACAGCUCAUGUAAUGAUGAAACAAAAUAAAUUCAGUUUACAGGGUUAAGCAAUCAAAAGUUUCGCUAGUUUAGUUUUAGUUUUGUUUAGUUUUGUUAACUAGAUUGAUUAUUCCCCAAACUGUGUGCAUCAUUGGAAAUAUUAAGCCAAUAUGAACUCUAAUUAAAAAAGACAAAAUGUGAAAAGUGCUGAAGGAGACCGUUUGUACUGAAUCAUUUUGUAAUAUGUGAAUAUAAUGUCACUCUGUUGGAUGUCUGAACUAAACCUUCACCAAGCUUAAAGACAUCCCCAGACAUGCUUCCCAGGUCACCCCUUCACUUCAUUAGACUUGUCCUGAACCUGAUGUCUAUAAGGACAAUGUUGAAGGACAUGCCCACUCAGCAGCUCCAAUGAAGCUCCUCUGGGAACACGCCCACCAGGAAGCUCAUUAAAACUUUCCCUCACUCAGAAAGUGCAGUGGUACCACUUGGCUUUUCCCCCCACUCAAAAAGUUUCUUGUAAGUGUUCUCCUGGCUAUGAAGGACAAUUACAGCUAUUCCCUUUUCCUAAAGAUAGAGACACUUUAAUCAGUGGGGAGUUUUCAUGUUUUGGGGUCAAUAACAGCUGUUUGUGCUCGACACUUAGCCAAGGACUCAUUAUUAAACAAAGGCCAGGAGAGCUGGUUUUGUAUUUCAGCUCUGACGAAACCUGGGGCUAUUCCAUUUAUACAGACUUCCAAAGAGGGCUCUCAACCACAAGCUAAUAUUAGAAGAGCAGGCAAUGUAGUAAUAGCUAAUGAAUGCUAACAGGAUUAAAUGGAGAGUUGUAUUUAUUUAUUGUUUUAUUUAACCUUUUUCUAACCAGGAAGUCCUAUUGAGAUUAGAAAUCUCUUAACAAGAGAAGAGCGAUAUUAAACAGGUUUAGGUACGUGAUACAUAUAAGUAACGAUAAAAGAGUAAAACACUAAAAAAAGAAAAAAAAAUCAUUGAAACAAUAAAACAGAGGAAUAGCUAUUCAAAGAAACACGGUGACCCUUCUCCUUCACUGCAUUCUUUAUGGUACUCUUAAAAUCAUCAAAGGAAAGGAGUCUUUUUAAUCUGAGUUUUUUGAAGGAUGUUCCAUGACCAUGGUGCAUGAUAGAAGAACACUGUUUUGCCCAAAUUUAUCAAAAACCAGGGAAUGUCCAAAAGCAACCACUUGGAGGCUCGCAGAUGGUAACUACUAAGAAAACAAGUGUUUGAUACACUCUAAAACAGAAAGUCUAAAUCUAGUCUAGUUCAAAAAGUCUAAUGAACAAAUAAAAAGAAAUCACUGUCACUGCAAAUGAAACAUUAUCUAUCUUAUACAGACUGGUAUGAGUCCACUUAGACUGGUCUGCACCCAGUACAGACCAGCUGACAAAUAUACUUACUGAAGAGUAAGGUCUCAUUGAUCAGACGAUGUCACGCCUUUGCAGAACAUUAACCAGCGGUCCAUGAAUCCAAGGUCCAUCAGUAUAAGAAUGUGACUGGAGAACAAAGGCACAGUGUAUCUUAUAUGUAUUUUAUACUUUCAGGCCUUCAACUUGGUGUCCGAUGCGAAAGAAUCUCUGGAUAACAUCCUAACUGACUCACUGAAAUCCAGGAUGCCUGGAAACAGUCUUCAGCUGUUUGGAAACAAACAGAUAGAGGAAGAUAAUAUGGCAGCAUGUGAGUAAAGUGCUCCGAUUUCCUUUGGUUUUCACAGGAGGUCGGUCACAGUCAGGUCUGCUACUUUCAAUCAUUUUAAUAAAACAGCUGAAAGGUUUUAUUGUAGGUCGACACAGAUAGUUAAACAUGGUUGCUUUUUGUCCUGCAGAUCAGCGUGAUGAGGAGUUUCCCACUCUGCUCCACUUUGCUGCCAAGUACGGCCUAAAGAAACUGACCACUAUCCUGCUUCAGUGUCCCGGGGCUCUGCAGGCAUAUAGCGUCGUGAACAAACACGGAGACUACCCCAACACACUGGCAGAGAAGAGCGGCUUCUCUGAUCUCAGGCAGUUCAUGGAUGAGUUUCUUGUGAGUUCAUCAGUGAUAGAAACCCUCUGUUUGAAUCAGGGGUGUUUCAAAGAGUUUCAUCAAUGCUCUCUUCUUGUUUUUUGUGUUGACAAAAAUCCAGGAGACAGCGGAUAUGUUGACACAUUUUGAAGACUCAGCCAACACAGAGGAUUGUGCAGAGGUGUAUGAAAUGAUGUCGCCUAACUCUGAAGAAAUCAUUAAGAAGUACUCUGGCUGCUCGGAGGACAUAUAUGAGUCAAUGCUGGGGAUAGACCCUGAAUGUGCAGAGGACUUAUGUAGGUUGAAACAAUCCUAUAAAAUGUCAAGAUAACUCAACAGCUGGUUAAUCUUUAGCUGUCAGUCCUGCUCUGUUCUGUUUUUCAGAUGAAGUGAUGACUGCAGUAGAUGAGAACCCAGAGGAAGCUUUGCUGAGGAAGUUUUUCCAAAGUAUACACCAAAUUCUUUAUAAAUACAUAUACAGUAUGAAAAUAUACAGUAUGACACUGUGUCUAAUGUGGUCUCUUUGUGUUCUUCAGCAAAACCACACGGUUCUGUAAAGCAGGAGAGUUUUGAGCAUCUUGAAAGUGUGGAAGAGGAAAAAACUGAUCCAAAUGACUUAAAGCAAAUUGAAGAAGAAGAGGAGGAUCCUUACAAGCUCUUCCCAGAGGAUAUCUACGACACUGUGGAUCCAGACAGCACCUAUAAUCCCAGGCUCCUAAACCGUCCACCUGCACCCAUUCCCAGACCAGAGUCUGAGUCUGAGGCUGAGAAACCCAUGACAUACAUUUCUCGAGGUAUCGUACAGUUUCUAUUUUCUUUUUCUGGCACCAAAAUGAUCUUCUAUACACCAUACCAAUUAAUUAAACUGCUCUUAACUGAUUUCAUGUUUUCACAGUGUUUUCAAAUAAAAGUUUGUCCAUGACAGGAACAACAGACACUGAAUGUUCAGAAGGUAAAGCGCUGAAUGAUCCAAAAUCACAUAGAUGUUUUUGAUGUUUCUUUACAUUUGCACUUAAACAACCAUCAUCAAGUUUUGAUAUUUUCAUAUCAUGUUCGUAAAGUUUAACCAAACUGUGAAAGAAGUCUACAUUGUUUUUGUUUUUUUGUUUUUUUACUGAAAAAGCUGAUGGAACAAGCACUGCACAUCAUCUCUGGUCUCCUAACAACAUCUAUGUUCAGUGUCAGUGGUGGUGAAUACUUAUCCAUCUAUAUUCAACUGAAACACCACAAAGACAAGAUAUUGAAUGUUCAAACUGAUAAACUUGGUGUUGUCUUGCUGGAAUAAACAGGGAUGUCCCUGAAAAAGACGGGGCCCUGAUGGCAGCAGAUGUUGUCAAAGGUCAGGGGUAUUCAGUUUUGGUUUUGGUCCUUGCUUCAUAUGAGCAGAGAUUUUUCUGAUCAUCUGAAUCUAUUGAUGAUUUUAUAGACUGCAGAUGAUCAAAUCUCUUAAUUCCUGCAGUUGUACAUUGAGAACAUUUUUACUAAACUGUUGGACUAUUUGCUCACACAGUUGUUGACAAAGUGGUGAACCUGGCUCCAUCCUUGCUUGUAAAGGACUGAGUCUUUCAGGGAUCCUUCUGUUGUACUCAAUCAUGACCCUGACCUGUUUCCAGUGGAAUAAUCCAAACUUGUGUUUUUUGGAGCAGUCAUCAGUUUUGAGACUUGUUGAUCCUGAACCAACUUUUUAGGAACGUGUUGAAGCAAAAGCAGAUAUAAAUAUUCAGAAACAAGGGAAUAUUUACAAAAAAAAAACAAAAAAACAAUCAAGUUCAUCAGUUUGAACAUUAAAUAUGUAGGGCUCUAUUUUCGUGCCUUGCCUGAGACGUGCCGCAGGAUUCAAAGGCGAGGAGAGGAGCUGAUGUUAUUGGUCAAUACAUGUCUCGGCUGUGUUAAACCCACUCCACGCCCUCUCUCCUCCCUCCCUACGACUUACGAAAAUACCCUACGAUUCCCUACGAAAAUACCAAAUUGGGCUCCCCAAGCCCAAUUUGGUAUUUUGGUGAGCAGUGAAGCCCGGCAUAAGUAUCCCCCCUCCCUAACUCAGCUCCUCCCAGCAGCGUAAGUCGUAGGGAGGGAGGAGAGAGGGCGUGGAGUGGGUUUAACACAGCCGAGACAUGUAUUGACCAAUAACAUCAGCUCCUCUCCUCGCCUUUGAAUCCGCCACCCGUGAGGCGUAUUACUGUUUUGGUGAAGUAGUCAAAGAGAUCAAGAGAUGUCUGAAGACAGUAAUGCCACAUGAUGGCGACAGAAGGCAGCCCCUCAACAAGUGUCACUGUAAGUGCUGCAGAGGGCGUCCUGCACACUCUCUCAUAUGAGCACAGAUGGAUUUGGUGUGUGUAAGUUUGGACCCACUCGUAAGACAAACACCCUUUCCACAAAUAAAGACACUCACAUAACGUUGCAUAUAUUCAAACCUCACGUGACAAAGGUGGGUUGUGCGCACAGAUCACAACAUAAAUUCCAAAAAUGGCAUUAAAAUCGGAACCAUCUGUGUGUAAAUGACGCAUCGUGCUCCGUGGCCUUGCUCUAUCUUUUAUAGAUGUUGGCAUGUAAAAUAAAUUUGACACACAAAACUGAAUAUUAUAAUAUUGGUAUGUAGGCUUAAAGUAAAUAACUCAUCUGAUCACUGAAACAAAUCAUCUGUUCAGCCGCCGCAGCAGCAGCUGCAGCUGCAGCAGGACGGGGAGAGGACACGGAGACAUGUCCAGGUCGAGCUGCACGAGAAAUAAGAGGAAGAGGAAGAAAGAAAAGGAGGGAGACAAAUUACAUAUCUUGUUAACUUCAUCAUGUGUGUCUAUUUACUAGAUAUUUAAUUUAAUUUAAUCUGGUUUCAGCUGUGUUGAUUUGGUCAGGUUGUGUGUCCAAACGCGUGCUAAAUGCGCUCAUCAGAUCAGCUAUAGAUCAGAAUAUAUCUAAAUAGAUCUAAAGCUGCCGACUCAGAUUAUUAGUUGUUGUUGAUUAUUUAUUGCACAGAAAUGUGCCUGACACUGUGGAAACCUGCCGGUGAGGCAAUGGUGACGUAUGCCGAUACGCCUCAGGUCUACCAAAUUACCAUUAGACCAGCUGCGAUCCACCUGCACUGAAAGCUGACCAGGUUUGAAUUGGCGAGCUUUCAGCGCGCUGUGCACGCCACCGGCGAGCACGAAAAUGUCACUGAGCCAGCUGAUUCUGUCGACACCUCCCCCUGCCGCGCCCCCACGCCCAGCUUGGCGGACCUCGGUGCGCCUCAGUCCACGAAAAUAUCAAACUGGCUGUACGCCGGGCUCCGCCAGACAAAAAUACCACUGCGCGGGGUCUGCCACCAUCCGCCACAUUACCAGCGGACACGAAAAUAGAGCCCCUUAUCUGAUUGCUGUGUAUUCAACUGAAAAUAUAGUGUUUAGCAUGGCAUCCUAAUUUCACUGUAAUUGAGGUUUGUGCAAUGGAGUAUCACAGCAACAGUAAAGUUUUUUUUUUUUUUUUAAAUAUUUUUAAUUAUUUAUUUAUCUUUUUAUCUAUUUAUUCAUUCAUUUUUGUAAGAUUUACACAUUUUUCCUGGGUAGUUUUACUUUUUCUUGAGAAUAAGGCUGUAAUGAAAUCAUGUAAAUUCUCUCUAAAACUGAGAUGCUGUUGUUUUAUGGAAUCAUCAACUUACUUUUUCUCAAAUAGAAUUGUUAUUUGUUGUAAUUAAUUGUUAUAACACAGGAACUCUACAGUAAGAGGCCUUUUGUGUCUGAACCAAAGAUCUCUCUUAAAUUUGCUAGCUCGUAUGCUGGCUUUUUUACUGGAGAAUUAAAUACAGUAAAAAGUAUAAAAAUAUUCCAGAUGCUCUGUUUUGGUCUAAUAACAACCCUUUGCACUGCUGCAGCCCGGCCAGUUGGAGACCCAUCUCUCCCUACGUAUGACCCCUAUGCUGGGAUGAAAACCCCAGGGCAGAGACAGCUCAUCUCUCUGCAAGAGAGGGUCAAGGUUGGGGAAAUAAGUGUGGAUGAAGCCGUCCAAGAGUUCAAGGCCUGGCAGUUUGAUCAUGACCGGAGAGCCAACUCAUUACGCUAUCAGCAGGUAUGCUGUGUGUCCAGAAUUUUUGGUCUUCUGGAUGCUGGUUGGUGGUCAGGGAACUAACCUGCCAUGUGUUGUGUGUCACCUGUCUUAAGGAAAACCUAAAGAAACUACGAGACAGUAUUACCAGACGACACAAAGAAAGGCAGAGGAAUGGAAAGGACCCAGGUAAAAUAAUAACAACAACAAUAAUAAUAAUAAUAAUAAAAAUAACAAUUAUAAUCAUAAUCAUCAUCAUAAUAAUAAUAGAUAAUAAUAAUAAUAAUAAUAAUAAUAAUAAUAAUAAUAAUAAUAAUAAUAAUAAUAAAAUAAUAAUGAUCAUAAUAAUCAUAAUCAUAAUAAUGGAUGAUUUAUUACCUCAGUAGAAGAUUAACUGAUUUAUUUGGAAACAGACUCUGUUGUGCAUAUUCAAUCAAUAACUCCACCAUGUUCUGUCCACAGUUUGUCUAACACUAAUACAGUUUUAAAGUUCUUGAACAGCACACAGUGGAAAAUCACAUACUGUUGUUUCAGAUGUAUUUAUAAUUGAUAUCCUCUUAGAUUAUGAGAUAAGUGCUCCUAUGCAGAGGAACUUAUACUGGGGAUCCAGCGGGACAUUAGAGUGCUCUGUGUAUGAGCCGACACCAAGGAUGGUGGCUCCACCUGCAGCUGCACACGCCAUCCAGAGAGGCAGCUGGAAGACAGGUAGCACAUCCAGCACAUCCAGUGAGUCCAAAUGCUUUUUCGUUGUUUUCCAACUCUGUGGUUGAACUGUAGCCCAAACACGAAGUGGGGCGCAUUUUCAGCCCAGGAGUUUUCGGUCUCAAGUUGCAUACAAUUUAUCAGUAUCCUAUGAUAGGUCAUUAAUAGGAAUUAAAAAAUAAUAUAGAGAUAACUAUUUUUGAGCACUUUUCUGGGGGACUGUUGAGCAUUUAUACGCAUCAUCACACUGAACUUUUGGUGAUUAUUGAACAAUUUUUCCUCUGAAUGAAAUAAUAAAUCCAUGCAUGAGUUUACAAACAUGAUGAGCACACUGUUAUAUUAAUGUAUCACAAAUGUUGAAUCAGUCUGAGUCUGUGGUUCAACCGCCCUCAUACAGACUUUCCAGUGUUUGGUAUGUUUUUGUUUUUUUUCCACAAUUUGUCCACACAGGGCCACCGUAGACUGCUGUACAGAGGUUGCUGAUGGUGCACACGUGUGUUUGAACAAAAAAAACUUAAGCCCUUGUUGGAGCUCCAUAUCAGUGUCCUGUUUAUGCAUGGUUACAGACCUAAACUGACAGAUCAUUUAAAAAAAUUGAAAAAUAAUUUGCGUGCUUGCUUCAAAAAGAAAGAUGGUUCUAAACUUUGAGAUCGGUCACAUGUGUCAUGAAUGAACUCCACAUUGAAAUGAUAAAGACUCUUCCUCACAGAGCAGCUUUGAGCAGACAUGGAGAUGCUCACAGCGGUAAAAAAGAAAAAAAAAAUUAACUGCACAGAGAUGACCCCUGAUGCAUUUACAACUAAUGUGAUGUGAUGUGGUUUUAACCUUACUGUGAAAAUGUAUGGAUGGUUGUGGGUGAUCAUUGCAAACUCACCGGUAAGUACUACAAUGCUGGGUUGUUUUUUCAACCCAACCACUAGGAUGGGCCUGUUUGUCAAUUUAUUUGGGUAUUUUUCAUGGAGUUGGGUAUUCUGAGUACCCAAUUCAAGGGGUUGUUUAUGUUGGGAACAGAGUUAUUAGCUGUUGGGUUGAAAUUUCUAUUCAGUUUUGUUGGUUUAUUGUGGACUACCCAACACAUUGGGUAGAUGUUCGGGCAUUUGAAACUAAGCUCCACCCACUCACCAGAUUGAUGCCACAACCGCUGAAGCAAGGAGACGUACAAAGCAAGGUUUGUGACAUUCCCACUAUUGCCUUACCAUAUAGGUUACUUGAUAUUAUUAAAUAGACCCUCAUUUUGUUGUUAAGAUGUAAGUUUGUGAAGCACUGUUGUGUACCAGCUUCUGCCUUCAGGAACUGAUUAGAAAGUGAGCAAGUGAAUGGUUAGCCAACGUUAGUAGCAUGAAGUACAUUGCCUCAAAUGAGCAAGCCAACACGUUAGCUGAUGUGCAGUGUGGUGUGGUAUGGUCAGAAAUGUUGAACAACUGCUUUAAUGGACUCUCUGUCUUGAUGUUUCAGGCUGGUAUGAACAAUCAAUGGAUGACUUUGCGACAUGGAGUGGAGUGGAUGCAAGAUACAACCUCCUGUUCUGUAUUGUUUAUUUUGAAAAGAUGAGAAACCAUAUAUAAAAAAAAAAGCCAAAUGUUUACAAACACCAAAGUUCAUUCUCUGUCAGUAAAACGGAAAGGAAGCUGUUAAAGGGCGGCAGAGGCUCAGGAGGUAGAGCGGUCGUCCAAUAACCAGAAGGUUGGCGGUUCGAUUCCCCCCUAUCUCGAGUCUGUCCAUUGUGUCUUCGGGCAAGAAACUUAACACAUCUUGCUCCCAGUGUGUGUCCUCCACUGGUGUAUGAUUGUGAAUGUUGUGAGAUGGUGGUUGGAGAGGCCAUAGACAUAAACUGUCAGCCAUGUUUCCAUUAGUCUGCCCCACAGCAGCUUUGACUGCUAAGGUAGUUUACCACCACCAAAGUGUGACUGUGUGAGCGAAUAAAUGAUGUAUCUAAUGUAAAGCACUUUGAGGGUCUCUGAUAAAGCACUAUAUGAAAUCUGAUGCAUCAAUGUAAUUUAAAAUUAUAUUAUAUAUUAAAUAUUAACAACUUAACAUGCUGGGUUUAAAGAACCCAGCAGAGUAGUUAUUGUGAACCCUUAGUUGGGUUAUAUGAACAACCCAAUCGGGUUUUAUAAACAACCCAAUAGUUGGGUUAAGUGAACUAACCCAAUUAGUUGGGUAAAAUAAACCCAGCAUGUGUUCUGUCCAAUAUUUAACCAGCGCUGGGUUGGGAAACUACUUAAAUUGGGUUGUUUUUAACUCAACCUUUUUAAGAGUGUGGUAUCUAGCUGUUUUGUAAAAUACAGAUGCAAUGAUAAAUGUCCUUUAUUGGUGUGUGGGCUCACAAACUUCAUGCCACCCCAGCAGUGUCAGUGCCCCGCAAUACAAUAUUUUCAUGAUAUUUGGGCCACAAUUCAAUGUUAUUGUGAUUUUAAAUGUUUUGCAAUACAGUGAGUAUAGCAAUACAAUAUAUUGUGAUUUGUACAAUUUUUUCAACUGCUUAGCUGAUUUAACAUUUGUUUGUUGUACUAACUUUCUCCUGCUCUAUGAUGUCACCUCUGCCAACCUCACUGGACAAACAAUUGAUUUUAUUUUUCCAUUAUCAUACUGUAGAAUUAAGUUCAUAUUAGCAAUUAAUUUGAAAAUUUGAUACUUGGUGGAUGAGACAAUACGAUAUAUCACCAGACAAAAUAUCACAAUACUAUGCUGUUUUUUUUUUUUCUCCCACCCCUAUGGACCACCUCAGUUUAGAAGGUCUGAUAUGCCCCUGCUUGUUGGAAUAAAUCUCUCUCCACAUGUGUUAUUUUAGCUCAAGGACAGAUGGGUCCAUACCUAAUGGAGGCUCUAUUGAUGGUUCAGAGGGACUACAGUGACGUGGACUCAACUCACAGUUAAACAACUUGUCAAGGAUGUGUGUCCAUGUCACUCUCUCUCUCUCCAUUUAAGUCAAUGCGAUUCGUCCACCGGUAAUCCCUCUCCAUCCCCACCAUCAAUAUAAUCAGUUAUUGGUUAAUCCAUCCAGAUUAUCAAGGCUGCUCACACUCUUCCCUAGCAAGUGCAGCUUAUAUCACAUAAUUACUGUUCCUGUUAACUGGCCCUGGCAGCUCUUUAGCCAGCCCAGACCAGCUGGAACUGUCCCAGUUCUCCCAGUUAGCCUCUUUGGGUCUGACUGUUGUGAAAGAGCAAGCUUCAAAUCAUGGUGACAUCAGUCCUGAUCCCGAGUUAUUUCUGAGUUUUGCUAAAGGCUCUGGUUUGUGUAGGAGGGGCUAAAAACAGAUCAAUGAGUGGAAACCAGAUCAGGAAACACACUGGCCUUGACUCAUUUUACUUCUUCAUUCCAAACCAGUUAUGAGACUAGAAAUGAGGCAAAUCCACUUGUUAAGAUUUGAGUUAUUUUGCAGAGUAGUCACAGUCCAAUCAGCUGGCUGCUAGCAGUUGUUUACCACAAGAAUAUCAUAAACCUUGUGAACUGAUGUCAAAAACAGGGUGGUCCUUUCUCACAACCUACCAUAUUAGAGAAGUAGGAUAUAACACAUGCUGGUGUCAGAAGUAAACAACCACAGGAUAUGAAAUUAGAAACCACACCAUGUGAUGUGCUUCUAAAAGAGUUUUACUUAAGUUAAAGAACAAUUGAAUGGUGGUUUUACAACUCUUGCCAGUCACCGAUCCUGUCAGAGGAGGUAGAUUUUCUGGGAAGAUCUUUUGGAUUUUGUCUAGAAAACUCCUCUGCUUUGUGGAGGUCACAUAAAGGCAUCAGUAAAACUUAAACUGUUUCAAAACCCCUUCAGCAGGGUGAUAUAGACUUCAACUUAGGUUUCUUUAGCUAGAGAUUAAGAGACUUUUUCAAAGUUAGUUAACUUAAACCUUUGUGGAAGUUUUGUGAUUAGUUUUUCUGUUUUCAUUUGCCCUGUGUACAUGGAACAUAACUCCUAAGUCACUUAUUCUCAUUAUGAGACAUGCACUUUUUUAAUACUUUAUGUUGAUGUGCAUUGAUAUUUGCUGACAUUUGCUGAUUCAUACACCUCAUUUGUCUGCCACCUACAAACCUAUUUGUUGCCCCCCCCCCCAACAUGUUACACCCAGUUUGCAUUUGCACCUUCAGUGAAAUAGUCUUGCAGUACAAUUUACCAAAAAUGAUAGCCUCAGUCUUUUCAGGCAUUGACAUUUAUACUGACUAGAUUAUUGUUCACAUCAGGCACUGAGAGCAACAGACUGAGCACUCACAGCACCCUCAGCUACAGCAGCGGGACAGAGCCUGACCUCGAGGUAAGCCUGACUACACAGCAAAAGCAUUCAUGUCUUCAGUUCAACAUAUACAACAUUACAUACAAACCACUAUGCUGCAUUUGUGACUUUAAACCAAACAGGGUCUUCAGUUUUUUGUUUCUUUUCUUGUGGUGUUGCACAUGAGAGAAACCAAUAAAGAGUCUUGUGUUUAGUUUUUACUCUGCAGUCACUGGCCACUUCUAUGUGCAUUAAUACACACAGGUGUGGGUCCACUUUUAGAAUUAACUUCUUUAGACACUUGAUCUGUAAGAGCUUUUCUGAUGUCUUUGAGGCUUUGAACUCAAUGUGCAAAGGUUUCUCAGAAAUCAUAUGUCAGACUGAUCAGAGAAGUGAUGUGUUGUCAUUUUUUUUCUGCAACACUGCAAUUCACACAUUUCCUUUUACCAUUGUAAUCUCAAAGCUGAUGGGUAGUUAGACCUGCAGCCCAGUUCUCCAGUAAUAUUAAGCCAAUCAGUUUUUAUCAAGGUCAAAAUAUUUUAAUUUACAGGGUAUAAGAAGUCUUAACAUUUAUUUUUUUAAGGACACGAUGGAAAAUCUCCCUCUUCCCCCACGACCACCACGCUUGUCUGAAGCUCCAGUUCACAUUCCUUCACCCAGGGUUCCUCCACGAAUCCCAGAGAGGUCAGUUCACAGAUCUUUGAUUGUUUUUAAAAUCAAAUAUUUGGAUUACAAUAUAAAUGAUAACUAUAUUUAAAAUUACUCGAUGUCUCAAAAAUAUAGGUUUAUAUAUUCUAAACAAUAAAACAUGUACAAUGUUACAAAAGCAGUAGUCAUUUAUAUUAACUGAUCAAUAGUCCACUAAUGUGGAUAGGAAGGUUUAUCCUUUUUUAAAAGACUGUAAAGACAGAGAGGGAUGAUAAAGGGAUGAUACAGAGAGAAGAGAGAAGUAAAACCUGCAAUUGUGCAAAGAUAACAAAAAGGGGAGCAGUUUGGGAUAAAAUAGGAAAGGGAGGAUAUGGCCAGAUGAGAAGAGAAGAAAUAGGAUAGAAUAGGAUAGGAUAGAAUGGAAACAGAUGGAAUGAGAUGGGAUGGGGGACGCCACCGUGAGAACAGCACCCCCUGGUGACAGGCUGCAGUAUAGGUCAUAAAUCCCACCUCCUCCAGCAAUUCCUAUGGAGCUGUGGACAACUUUAGAAAUUAAUUACACAGAAUAUUAAUUUUUCUCCCCCCUGGUUGGGAUGUUGACAUGUAGUUAUUGUAUUGGUGUUGUAUAAGUUAUUGACUGGUUUGUGCUCAAGUCCUCUUUUUUCUGUGCAGCUCGAUUUUUAAAAGUUAUGAGGGGGUUCAUGUUUUCUAUGAUUGACACUCGAUACAGCCAUGGGUGUAUGAAGAUUGUGUUGUUCACCUGGGGGAAACACUGUUGGAGCCGAGCGUCACCACAGUGACUUUAGGUGACUCUCUCACCAAAUGCGUACAAUGCUACUGCACCAGUGGUGGUUCCAGGAGCAUUUUGGCUUCAAAUUCGUAUAAUAACGGGAGGCGGAGCCAAGUUGUUCAUAGUAUAUACAGUCUAUAGGUUGGACAAAAUAGGUUAAGAGGUUAAGAUGAAUUAGGAUGUGAUAGGAUAGAAUACGACAAGAUAGAAUAGAAUAGGACAGGAUAUGAGUGGACAAAUCAGUUCAAUUCAGUUAAAAAAUCUUUGUUGCUUAGAAGCAAUUUCAGAUCUGUGCAAUAACUGCAAGGCAACAGUGGUGAUAGAAAUAUACAUUUAAGAUAACAAGUUUAUGAAAAAAGUUAUAAAAUAUGUGGAUGAGGGAAGAUGACUAACAGGUUAAACAGUUUGUUAGAAAACAAUUAUACAACAGCUACAAAAUGAAAACUGUGUGUAGAGUCAAUAUCAAAAGAAUAAAGUACUCAUAGUGUAAUGUAGAAUAUUGAUACAACCAACUAAAAAAUCAUGCUUCCUGCUGUACAAAAAUAGACUUGUACUAAAAUAAUGAAUCAAUAAAAGUAGUUACAGAGCACAUCCAGCACAAAAUCAACAUGCAAGCAGACUAAUAAAAGAAAAUAUAGUGCAAAAAGAGGAAAUGUUCACCCACCAUUGAGUAACAGCUGUUUCUUCUACAGGUGUAUUUUAAUCUCAUUCAAGCAGCUUUCUCACAUUCAUUCAGCUGUGACACAUUUUAUCUUGAUGUCUGAAAGACGCUCUUUAAAGACAUCUGAGAAGUGGGGUUUAGUUUGCUGGUGGGGUGUUUACGUUUGAUGUAAGUUGUGAUAUUGAGAAAUAUCAGAAAGUUGACCCAUUUAAAGGGUACGUGCGAAAAUUAAGACACAUUAUAACUUUGUUCCUUUUUGCAGGGUUCCAGGGAAAGUGCAUGACCGCUACAUCUCCUGUCCAACUCGAGCACUUCCUCAAAGACCAACUAGCAGGGACUCAGCGCCUCCUAUACCUCGCCGCCUGCGGUGAUCAACACCUCAGUUCCUGCUUGUUUUUUUCACUUGACAGUUUCGUGUCAUUUUUGACAUAUUAAGGAUACUGGAGCUGGAAGGACUGGAGUACUUGUCAUUUGAAAAGUACAUCCACAUAACUGUGGACAAGGGUGGACUUACUUGACCUCUAUACAUAGUUUUUUUACAGUGUGUGAUUAAAGAGAACAAAAAGAUUUUUUAUUAAUAUGCUGCACUUCAUUUUAAAUACUUGUGUAGUCAUGGCAUUAUAGUAUACCUCACGUGAUGUCAGCUUUGGUUAGGACUUCCAGCUGGUUUUUGGAGUUUGGUGUUUGUUCAUGUCUUUCAUAAACCUCUAAAAUGUUCAUGCUCCUGUUAUUGAAAUGAUCCUCUUGUAAUGAAUACAAUCCUCAUGUCUGAACCUGACAUACUGUAUGUUAGCUCACUAUGGUGUAUAUCUUCUGUUUGUCCUUUUUUGUGCAUGCCCCAAAGAUCUGAAUGUAGAAAUUGUUUCACAGACCUUUUGGUCCUUUACAGCAUCCAGUUGUAGAAACAACUUUUGUGUAUGUAAAUGAAUAAAUGUGAGAACUUCUAAAGAGUAUAUUGUUGAGUAUAUUGUUUAUGGGUUUUUUCACUUUUCCACUCUACAGAUAUUCAGCCAGAUUUUUUAAUGUGGAGUCUAAUAUUCCUCCAUUGUUAGCCAACCUGUUAAAUAUCACAGCUGUUUGGGCUCAAACAGAGUUUAAGACUGUUUUGAUGACUUCGUCUGGUGUCCAGGGUCAGGGUGUGAAGACCUGUUCAGGCCCCAGUUGUAUGUGGUUUUAAUUAGACAGGUUUUGAUAAAGAAAUAUUGAAUUAACUCAUUCUUGACAUGUUUAUUUUCAUCACCUUAAUCAGUCUGUUUAUUUUAAAAUAUUAACACAGCUGUCAUGACUUCGACUGACACGUGCUGGUUUUUCAAAUGAUGUGAAUGUUGGUACACCAGAAAAACAUUUUUUAUUCAUGUUUAAUUCAUAUAGGAUAAUGGAGGGGUAAUAAAGAUGUGGACCUUUAUUACUGGUAAUAAAGGUCCACAUCUUAAACUGAUUUUAAUGGAGCUGUAAAUACAUGGUAUGCCUCACACUCUUCCUGACAAGGACUUUUAAUCAAAGUUUCUAUAAGGGAAUAAAAUUAACUUUAAUAUAAAUUAACACACAUAUAUAUAUAUAUAUAUAUAUAUAUAUAUAUAUAUGUUAAUUUAUUUUUAAUAACAUCAGCUCCUCUCCUCACCUUUAUAUAUAUAUAUAUACAGUACAGGCCAAAAGUUUGGACACACCUUCUCAUUCAAUGCAUUUUCUUUGUUUUCAUUACUAUUUAAAUUGUAGAUUCUCAAAACUAUGAAUGAACACAUGUGGAAUCAUGUGCUUAAAAAAAAAGUGUGAAAUAACUGAAAACAUGUUUUAUAUUUUAGAUUUCUCAAAGUAGCCACUCUUUGCUUUUUUGAUAGCGCUGCAAACUUUUGCUGUUCUCUCAAUGAGCUUCAUGAGGUAGUCACCUGAAAUGGUUUUUACGUCACAGGAGUGCCUGAAGUAACCCUGACAAGGUACUUCUGUCAUCAAGAGCAAAGGGUGGCUAUUUUAAAGUAACUAGAAUAUAAAACAUGUUUUCGGUUAUUUCACACUUUUUUUAUAAGUACAAAAUUCUACAUGUGUUCAUUCAUAGUUUUAAUGCCUUCAGUGAUAAUCUACAAUGUAAAUAGUCAUAUAAAAAAUAAAGAAAAGACAUUGAAUGAGAAGGUGUCUCCAAACUUUUGGCCUGUACUGUAUGUAUAUAUAUAUAUAUAUAUAUAUAUAUAUAUAUACUGUAUAUAUAUAUAUAUAUACAUACACACUACAGGCCAAAAGUUUGGACAUUUUGACUAUAAUUAUUAGGUAUUUGAGUUAUUGUUGCUUAGACUUUGCUUUCUUAAAGUAACCUCCUCUGGCUUUAACAACAGUUUGGCAUAUACCAGGCAUUCGUUCCAGGGAUUGCAUUCCAAGCUUUCUUAAGUUCAUUAAAAAGAGACUGCUGAUUUGUGGGACGUGUUAUUCUGACGAUCCAAUCCAUCCCACACAAGCUCAAUUGGAGAAAGGUCUGGAAAUUGAGGGGGCCUAACCAUCUUUUGAAGAACACCUUCCUCUUCUUUUUUGUCUAGGUAACCCUGACAGAGCUUGGCAGAGUGCUUAGGGUCAUUGUCUUGCUGCAAAAUAAACUUGUGACCCACAAGUCUGAGUCCAGAUGGCACAGCAUGGUGCUGGAGGAUGGAGUGGUACUGUUCCUGCUUCAUGAUACCCUUUACUUCAAACAAAUCUCCUACUCCAUCACCUGCAAAACAUCCCUGUACCAUGGAACUACCACCUCCAUGCUGAAUUAUGGUUGUAACACAUGGGGCUCUAUUUUUGUGCCUCGCCGGAGACGUGGCGCGGCGUAAGUCAGGUCCACCGUGCCGACAAGGCAGUCCCAAGCCCAAUUUGGUAUUUUGGUGAGCGGCGAAGCCCGGCGUAAGUAUCCCCCCUCCCUAACUCAGCUCCUCCCUUUGGCGUAAGUCAUAGCGAGGGAGGAGAGAGGGCGUGGAGUGGUUUUAACACAGCCGAGACCUGUAUUGACCAAUAACAUCAGCUCCUCUCCUCACCUUUAAAUCCGCCACCGGCGAGGUGUAUUACUAUUUUCAUGAAAUAGUCAAAGAGAUCAAGAGAUGUCUGAAGACAGUAAUGCCACACGAUGGCGACAGAAGGCAGCCCUUCAAGUGUCACUGUAAACGCUGCAGAGGGCGUCCUCCACACACUCUCAUAUGAGCACAGAUGGAUUUGGUGUGUGUAAUGUUGGACAACAAAACAAAUCAGAGAUCCCCAACUUAAUUUAAAUAAAAGAAACCAAGGGGAACAUAGUCAAAAUAACGUAAACAAAAAUUAAUGAUAUAACUCAGGUAACCAAAAGGAAAUUAAAUAAUGUUAUCCACUUCACGUGGUGAUUUAACAAAAUGAGAACACAAAAUGAACACAAAGGAAGUUAACCCCACAGCAUACAUACAUAAAAUGUAGGCCCCAGGAAAAUGGGCUGAGAGUGUCAACACAUACAGUUGGUUAGUUGCAGGAGUCUGCUAUCCCCUCUAACCACCCAUGUGGCAGGGCGGCAGUAUAGUUACCACCAGCAGAAGCAAGCCAGGGAGGUGGCCAUGCAGGAACGAAGCAAGCAAAACUCAUCCAAGCAGGAGAAAAUGAAGCAGAGGCAAAGGCAAAGCAAAGCAGCAGUGCUUCCCAUUCAGCAGCGUCACAGCCCACCAGAAAGUACCUGCCCUAAAAAUACAGAAAUGAACUAAAUUACUAUGAAGAGACAAAUAUUAAGAAUGAAAGCAGAGAAACAGGCUGGCAUGCACUGUACAUACUGAUCAGGCCACGUCAGACUAUGUGUGGGAGAGGAGAGGGGAGCUUCAUGCUCAACAGGCUGCGGUAGCAAACUUCAGCUGCCAAUUAGCUAGGCGCGUCGGAACGGGGAUUCCCCGCGAGCUGUUAUGUCAGCACGGUGUCAGACAAUCUGACCCCUAAGAUCAUACACAGCGACCGCUAUAACAACGUGCAAAAUCAGGCAAAAGUGGAGGCAAACCAAGGCAGCCACUGCCACAUUACCUGCACCGGUAGAGGUGGAAAGAAGGAAGUGAGGCGACCAGGAAGUGGGCGGGCCUCAGAGCCAAAGAGCAAGAUGCCGACAAGAUGAACACUGCCUCUCUUAUAAUGUGGCUUCAGGUACUGAUUGGAUAAUGAGCUAAGGGGAGAGCAGGCGGCACACUCACUUGACAUUAGAGCAGGGAUGAUGCAUCUCAUCCUGCUACAUGAUGAUUAUUUAUUGUGCGGAAAUGUGCCUGAAACUGUGGAAACCUGCUGGUGAGGCAUCGGUGACGUAUGCCAAUAUGCCGCCGGUCUACCAAAAUACCACUAGACCAGCUGCGCUCUGCCUGUGCUGAAAGCUGACCAGGUUUGAAUCGGCAAGCUUUCAGCGCACUUUAUACCCCACCGGCGAGCACGAAAAUGUCACUGCGCCAGCUGAUUCUUUUGACACCUCCCUCUGCCACGCCACCACACCCAGCUUGGCGGACCUCGGUGCACCUUAGUCCACGAAAAUACCAAACUGGCUGUAAGCUGAGCUCCACCAGACGAAAAUGCCACUGUCCACCCUCCGCCGCGUCCCCGGCGGACACGAAAAUAGAAAAUAGAGCCCAAAGAGUCCAAAAAUUGCCAUGUGGCAGCAAAAGCUGUUUGGUGAUUGCUUAUACAGUUUUGGGCGGGGAGACGACAAAUGCCUCACAAUUUUACUGUACAUUGGCUACAUAUGGAAGCUUCAAUAAAAGAUGAUCUUCAAUCUCCAACAUGGACUUCUUUAUUAAGAGUACCAAACAUUACAUACAUCAUGGAGUAUUGUCUGCUCAUUUUUAUGUUGGUGCUGAUCUAGACUGCAUAUUAGCAGACUUUAACGGACCCUGCAAAUGAACAACUGGGAAGACUGUGGCAAUUAAAUAAUGUAUAAUACACGCAUGUCGGAGGAGAUGCACUGUAAUCGGACGGUCAUAUCACAGAGGAUAACAGGCAAUAAUGAGAGCCUACCUCUAUGUUUUUUCGAGGCACGCUUCCUGUGAUUGGUGCGGAUGGGGUUCACACCAGAAGUUAACCCCUCUAGAGCUCACUUGAUAGCGGUCCAAGACCACCCCUACCAGGCAGAUCCAAGAGCAGUUGACUGCUCCACACCAGAGUUCAAGGCCAGCACUCACACCAACCAAAACAAACUGCACCAAGGAGGUAAAUGCUCCAGGGUUCAGUUCAACUGGACUAAACCAGGCUGGUGUGAACACAACCUUAGCUUACUUUGUUAGAGCGGUUUACCUCCUCAGCAGAAAGGUUACAGGGUCUGUAUGGUCCUGAGGAGUCCCCCAUCGUUUACACUUCAUUGAUGUUGACCUGGCUUUUUAGCUCUUGUUCAGUCUACCUACUUUUAAGCACCUGUUAUUCCACUAAAAUCUCCAGUAUUUACUGCGUUUUCUUGCUUGUGUUGGCAGUCGUAGCCAAAGGAGGAUUCUGACGAUUUUUCUGUACUUUCUGGUUGCUUUCUACUGUCCGAUAUUGUAGCAUGCUAACCUUGUUUGGGCUCAUGCAUGUUAGCGUGCCUCACCACACAAGGGAGCAGCGUCUGCCUCACAACCAAACAGCAUGAGGAAGCAGCGUCUGCCUCACAACCAAACAGCACGAGGGAGCAGCGUCUGCCUCACAACCAAUCAGGUCAGAGAGGUGGAGAAUGGCUUUGUUUACAGUCAGAAAGAGCGGGUCCUGCAAAAAUGUUAAAAUGUUGACGACACAGACAUAAUAGAACACAGCAAUAUUGUGAUAUUACCAAAUGUCAUAAUAGCUUUUGACUGAUAUUAAAAGCUUUUUUGUAUAUACACCAUAAAAAGAUGCUUUUUUAACAGAUUCCUGCCUACCCCAUCUUUAAAUGGCAGGACUUUGUAGUUGAACAUUCAUUCUUUCAUACAUCUAAAGUUUUCAAUAUGAAAAGGUACAUAUCAUGUGAGUUUCAUAUCCUGUUCCAGUUUAGCUAGUUUGUUGAUCAUCCACUCCCACUCACUGGACGACUAAAACACAAUGGAGAGGACAUGGACUCUCCAUUGUGGAUGUGGUAGAUGGCCUCAGAGAGAAUCAUGCUUAUAUCCACCAUUUUUUAUCUUGGGGGAAAAAAAGUCAGAAUCCUGACUUUAAUCUCAGAAUUCUGAAGUUUUUCUCAGAAUAAUAAUUUUUAGAAAAUUAUAUUGGACCUUUUUAUUUUGGCCCUAAUCCUGUUCCAUACAAUGCUUACCUAUGACCAUCCCUGCAAAUGUGAGUUCUCCAGUUUGACCACCCCAGUAAAAAGAGUCCGACUCAGUCCCUGUGCCAAAAAUCCAUAAAUGGAAAUUAAUUGUAUGAACAUUUUACAGCGCGGACACAGCUUGAACCUUCCAACCACUUUCUCAUAUAGUGACUUCUAGGCUUUUAUUGUGAAGAGCCAAUGGCCCAGCCCCCGGUCCUCCAUGCUUGCGCUGUGCGUCGGGAUUAACGCAGCUGGUGCCGGUGUGUGUGAAGCGCUGACAGGACGCCAGUGGAGUGGCCGACAUCGCGCAGAGCUCAGUGGAGUGUGUCUGCAACCGCGAGUAUAACACUGGAUUGCCACCACACAGAGGUAAGCGUGUUUAUGCUGAAUGUAGUUGUGCAUCUCUGGUGUUUUCCAGGUUUUGGACAGUCCCAUGAACACCUUUUUGUAGCGUUGACUCUCUUUCAGCUGAUCUGUGUUAAAACAUGAUGUAAAGCCUCUGGGCACUUAUUCUAUUUAUUCUAAAGCCCAGACAUUAAAUGUAAAUUCAGCAGACUUUCUCAAGCAUCGGUGUUUUAACGAGUCCGUCAGCAGCCUUUAUUAUACAGCACCUCAGCUGAGAGGCUCUCCAGCGUUGGGACAGUUGCUGCAGUGGAGGUAAACGCAUGCAGUGGCAAUGCGACCCGCCAUGGGUGCCGCACUCUGAAACUGAAAUGAAAUGCUUGUGACGCUCUCCGUGCUGAAAAGGAUACUGCCGGCUUUCUUCCUAUUGGGAAUCAUGAAUCCUUUAUUGUCUGCCAUCUUUUUUCUUUAUUUGAUGAAACUGUCAGACAGAGCCGCAGUGAGGCUCAGCAACGGGCUGUCAUUGUGAGUCAUAGCAGAAGACAACAGGCUACUCCACAUGCAUAUAAUAAGGCUGUGACAUCAGAACCACGCAUUUCACAGGGAGACCAGUGUGCAGCAUGGAGUUGUAACAAAGACUUUAUUGAACAGUAACUCACUGUUUUCUCUGUUAGUUAAACUGCAGCCUUUGUCGUGUUGUAUUUGAGGCUUUUAAAGAUGUGCAGUAAUUAAUUCAAAGUUACACAAAGUAGAGAGGCAAUCAAAAAAUACUUAAAAUAAUACCAAUAUUUUUCUAUUUCGGUGAAUCUUGGUUAACAUAUCUGAGUGAGCAGCUGUGUAGUGUAAGAGCACAAUUAGACAGCGCUGUGCAAUUAUUGACUCUGGGCUCAAAUGUUGAACUUCAUGUUCUGUUCAACAAACAGGUCUGCCCGAGGCCACAAAAUGAACACUGUGUGACAACAACCUGCCAUCUUACACCUUCAGUGUACAACCACAAUAUAUGUGUAAAUGAUUACACAUGCAAGCACAAUAAUAACAUUGUUUUUACCCCUGAAUGCCCCUUAAAAAUAUUUACAAAUCUAGUGAGCAGGUGUGAAGGAUAUCUCGGACCAUCAAAUCUCAGCAACAAAACCCGUCAUUGCAUACUUAUUUUAUCUAGUGCUCAGUUUUUAUUAAACUGACUAGAUGCAGUAGUCUCAACAUGAUGAAGGGCUGCACGACUUUGGCUAAAAAUAAAAUGCUGAUUUUUUUCUUCACUUUUAGAAUAAAAAGAUUUGCUAUCAUCUCUCAGAACAAAACCACCGAAAAUGAUGUCGUGCGUAUGCCAAGCCAGUAAGUGUUGCUGUAAUACUGCCGAGGGAAUGCACAAAAGACAGAAGAAGAGUACAGAGCAUGUGUAUAAAGGUUGUUCUGGCCGGACAUGCGCAGUCGCCAUAAAAGAGUUACGCUGUGUGUCACAUAAUCGUUUCAAGAGAUGCAGAUAGACAUCCACACGGAGAUGAAAUGGUAGUCGCUUACCGAUUAAUGCACAUGACCCAUUUUGAAAAAAGAACCAUUUACAGCACCCAAAACGCUGUUUCUGUGUGGAUGAAAUGCACAUACGACAGAAAACUUUUGCGUUUACUCCUGGAUUCAUUUCUGUGUGAACAGGUUGAUACCACCUUCAGACAGACUUUGCAGCUGGGGUGGUGGUUUGCUCUACAUCCGAAACAGCGAAGCCGUACAAUUCUACACGACUGACUUGCUCUUGCCCUAUUUAGCCACAAAAUUAUCACUUUCUUUUGCAAACGCCAUGUUUGUUUACACUGGUGUGUGUUGGAACUGUGGAGCGCUGCCACAGGAAGGGGGAGCCUAUGGUGGCCUGGAGACGUGAGACAUGAUAGAGAGGAAAAUCGAUUUGACGAUUGUAAUUUUUUGACAUCGUCAAAAUAAAAUAAUCCAGUGACGAUUUAAAAAAAAAUAAUUGAGCAGCCCUACCUGUAUGUUGACUGAUUACAGUUUUCAGCAGCCAACAGAUAGUGAUUGUUAGAGAGUGAAAUGAUCGUAGAUCUCGUAUCAGGCUUUUUUAAAAUUUGUUUGUUGUUUUUGUAUUCGUCAAAACACAACAACUACAUUUAUAAUACUAACAAACUAAAAAUUACAGACCUGCUCUUUUGUGAUUUAUUAAUCACACAAGUGUAGAUUUUAGGCUUUGUUAAAAAUCUCCACAAAGAACUUUUGGAUUUCUGUCUAACAAACUGAAAGAAAUCAUAUGAUUAAUAAAUAAAUGAAUAAAUGGCUGUUUUAGUCUGCAAGAUGUUUAAGAUGAAUUUUUAAUAAAUCAGUGGAAAGACAGAUAUUGAGUAAGGCUAUAGAUUGCUGAGCAUGGCUGAUAUUGCUGUUCAUACUAAAUAUUACAACACAUACAGUGUAAAAACACUUGUCGAUGUCUGUUCUGGAUUUGAUUUUAUUUGAUGGAAAAGAUGAUGAUGAUUGCUGAUAUGAUGCGGACUGAUGAACUGGUCUGUCCCCUUUCUUUCCUCGUGUUUUAAGUUUGGCUUGUAGUUCUGCCUUUUCUACUCCAACAGCACCUGAGUAACAAGAAGCUAAACUACCUCAAUGAAUUAUUAACCCCAACACAAAUAAUUAAUCAACAUGCUUCCAAGACGGACACAGAGCGGUCAGACAGGUUUCCUCAAAAAGACCGUCAGUGUGUUUUGUCACGUUAACACUUCAUCUCAGAAUAACACCCCCUCUUUCUGUGUACUCUGUGUUUGUGUUCAUCCAGUCUUCAAAGAGUUAUUGUUUGCUCACUUUGGUAGACUCUUCCUUAAAUCCUCUCAAAGGCACAGCUGGACUUCUCUGCUAGUUGAUGUUGUUUGCAGGUAGGUCAGAGUUCAGCAGAGUAUGCAGCAGGUACCUGGUUGACACCUUGAAAGUAGAGAGGUGUUUACAGAGAGAUGGUGAGAUGUUUUUGUGUGUGUAUGGAGGAGAUUGAUAAGCUUUAUGUUUGGACCAUUUGUUGAGUCAGUCCAAUCCUUCUCCACUUCCUGUUGUUGUGUAACUGAGUCUUUUAAUUUGAAGGAGCAUUUUUGUUGAUAUUGAACUCAGGAAAAAUACAAACACAUGAAAUUUUCAUGUCGGGCCUUUCUAUGGAAAGAAUUAUAAUCUGUUAAAUGUAAUGUUAUUGUUUCUGUGUCUGAGCAUGUUUAUGAAGUUUAGCACAAGGUUGUAAGCUAUCAACCCUUAUUUUUGCACACAUUUCAGGCACACUGGAGGGAGGUUGUAGUGCUCCUUAUGUUUUAGUUUCGACAAACUGAAAUUAUAAGCUGCUGGCAUAUGCCCAGUUUGCUGUUAAUAUUUCAUACACUCAUCGAGUAUCAGAUUACACUGAUGUUCUUGAUUUGAGAUUUGAGUCACCCUGAAAACAUGACUUCAAACAUUAGCUAAAGCCAGCUGGUCUGCAGACCCGUCCCCCUUUUUUCUUUUUGCUCCAGAUGGUUUUGGAAACUGAAUUGCACUGAAAUUGUGGCCGAAAUUUGCCAGCCAAGUUAUGAGCACAAGUAUUUAUUCAUCAGAGAUUAAUACUGGCUUUGAUGGAUGAAAGACCUCUACACAGGCUCCUUUUCUUCGCAGAGAACUGCAGAUAGAUGGAUCAAGCAGCAUGUUUCAGUCAGACACCAGGUUCCUGUUUUCACUCUGUUAAUGUUACAACAAGCUGCUAAGCAACCCUUUGCCCCCCUCCCCCUCCUCAUCAUGGUGAAGUGCAGUGCUUUGGCUUCUCAAGGUCCACAACAGAAAAAAGACACACACCCCCUUUGCAUGUAAACAAGGCUGUAAAAAGACACUUAUGCUGGAGUAAUUGAUGAAAGCAGCUUCUCUUUUCAGCAUCAAUACCUCGCCCUCUCCUCCUGUACUCUACAUUUGUUUGUUUGUUUGUUUGUUUGUUAGGAAACAGCAGAAUCCCAAUAGCUGAUCAUGGCGUAGCAGUGUGUCCUCAUGAUCUUACAAACCGACCCAAAAUAAUCAAGUUAAAGUGAUACAAACUAUCAAGCAAAAUUUAAAGCGCUGAUAAUGGAGCAUCUAAAAGACCAGGCUCUAAUUGGUGGAGUGGCCUGGGUGGAAAUGUCAGGCUGGGCAGACAUUCCUGAAAUAGACAGAAGAUGGAGACGCUCUGGAGUUCAUCUGCUCGCUCAUUUCACACGAGGAUAACUUCAUAGCACUUAAAAUUGCUGGAUUAUCACGUUGCUGUUUAUAUUCACGUUUAGCUGCCAUAUCCUGUGACUCAAUUAUCAAGUAGUCCCGUCACACAGGCACUCAGAGUUAUAUAAGAGACAGGCUCAUAGCUUCCAAUCCAUGUCCGAGUCAAAACAUUCAGCUCAGCUCAGCACACACUUUUAGCACCCCCUCAGACAAUGAUUUGAAUUGUCACCCGAUGGCCAGGAAGCUCUUUAUCUUGACAAGGAAGAAAACAUGACAUAAAAGUAGAGGCCUUUGCAUGAAUAGUGUAACUACCACUUGUAACGUCAAAUAUACAUGCUAAUUUAUUAUCACGAGGAAUGUAUGGUUUACUUUACUAUGUUUGUUUAAGACACAUCUUUUCUGACUUCUUUACCCUCCCUCAAAAAGCCUUGCAGUCAUGUUUCAGGCGAGUUGUCACAUAACACAGCAUCCAUGACAGGCUGUUUUGUCUUUGCAGCCAACUGCUGUCCUCCCCAGGACCUUCACAUGUGCCAGCCAAGUGCUCCCUGUUCAAGGGAUCUGGUAAUUGUAAUGUCCAAUAACAGUCAGGGCCCCUCUUGGACAAAACAGCCUCCUAAAGCACUGAAGGGCAUGUUUUUCUUUUCCUCAUGUUUUUGCCUCCAAUUAUGAAAAUGUGUUCUUCAAACAUUAACCCAUUUAAACAGGGACAGCAUGGGCUCUAUUUUGGUGCCUCGCCGAAGACGUGCCGCAAGCGCAGCGUCAAUCAGAUCCGCCGCGCUGACAAGGCGUUCCCAAGCACAUUUUGGUAUUUUGGUGAGCCGCGCAGCCCGGCGUAAGUAUCCCCCCUCCCUAACUCAGCUCCUCCCGGCAGCAUAAGUCAUAGACGGUGAGGAGAGAGGGCGUGGAGUCGGUUUAACACAGCCGAGACCUGUUUUCACCAAUCACAUAAGCUCCUCUCCUUGCCUUUAAAUCCGCCACCGGCGAGGCGUAAUACUAUUUUCAUGAAGUAGUCAAAGAGAUCGAGAGAUGUCUGAAGACAGUUAUGCCACACGAUGGCGACAGAGGGCAGCUGCUCAACAAGUGUCCUCCACACUCUCUCAUCUGAGCACAGAUGGAUUUGGUGUGUGUAAUGUUGGACCCACUGGUAAGACAAACACCCUUUUCCACAAAAAAGACACUCACAUAAAGUUGCAUAUAUUCAAACCUCACGUGACAAAGGUGGGUUGAGCGCACAGAUCACAACAUAAACUCCAAAAAUGGCAUUAAAAUCGGAACCAUCUGUGCGUAAAUGACGCAUCGUGCUCCGUGGCCUGGCUCUUUCUUUCAUAGAUGUUGGCAUAUAAAAUAAAUUUGGCCCACAAAACUGAAUAUUAUAAUAUCCAUAUGUCGGCUUAAAGUAGAUAACGCAUCUGAGCACUGAAACAAAUCAUCUGUUCAGCCGCAGCAGCUGCAGCAAGACGGACAGAGGACACGGAGACGUGUCCAGGUCGAGCUGUGCGAGAAAUAAGAGGAAGAAAGAAAAGGAGGGAGACACAUUACAUAUCUUGUUAACUUCAUCAUGUGUGUUUAUUUACUAGAUAUUUAAUUUAAUUUGAUGCAGUUUCAGCUGUAUUGAUUCGGUCAGGUUGUGUGCCCAAACGCGUGCCAAACGCGUGCCAAACGCGCUCAUCAGAUCAGAUAUAGAUCAGAAUAUAUCGAUAUAGAUCUUAAUGUAUGUGCUGACUCAGAUUAAUAGUUGAUGAUGAUUAUUUAUUGCACUGAAAUCUGCCUGACACUGUGGAAACCUGCCGGUGAGGCAUCGGUGACGUAUGUCGAUACGCCGCCGGUCUACCAAAAUACUACCAGACCAGCUGCGUUCCGCCUUGCGCUGAAAGCUGACCAGGUUUGAAUCGGCGAGCUUUCAGCGCACGUUACACGCCGGUGGCGAGCACGAAAAUGUCACUGCGCCAGCUGAUUCUGUCAACACCUCCCCCUGCCACGCCACCACGCCCAGCUUGGCGGAUCUCGGCUCGCCUCCGUGCGACUCAGUCCACGAAAAUACCAAACUCGCCUUACACCGGGCUCCGCCAGACGAAAAUACAACUGCGCGGGGCUCGCCGCCCUCCGCUGCCUCACCGGCGCGAACUAAAAUAGAGCCCCAUGUCCGCAUUUCAACCUUCCAAGCUGAGAGUGCGGCUGCGCAUUUCUACUCGGAAAGCCAAACGCAUGUAGGUAUUUCAACCCGGGAGAAGCGUGUAUGCAUCUCAACCUCUCAAGCCAGUGGCGCUGCUGAUUAUUUCUACCCUCAAGCCUGGUGCGCAGAUACGUCUUUUCGUAACAUUGUAGUUUUUCAAUAAUUUUUGAUAGGGUAAUACAGCUUAAUAAAGCGAUUGGAUUCAUGCUCGGAUCUUGCUACGUGCUUUGUGAGUUAAGUAAACAAUGAUCUGGAGGCCCUUCUCAAAAUUGGCCUCAGGAUUUCAGAGGUGUGUCUCAGACAGGGUUUAGGUCUUAAUGGGUUAAUGCAGUGCUGUGGGAUUACUAUUAAGUGAUCACACCUCCAUGCUGCAGUUAUGUUUAAUAAUGGGAGAUUCAUAGAACUGGAAGGCACCGAAGAUGAGAGCAUGAUCCUGCUCACAGGCCAACAGUGCUGCCUACAGUGUAUAGGUAACAUAUUUCCUUUUAUGCUUUAGUUGUUUGAAAUGAACUUCAGACGGCUCAGCUGAGGAAUGUGUAGAAUCCCAGGCUGCUGUCCGUCAUGGAAGCUGUUUAUGGAAGAGAGUUGGGAGGGUUAGGUGAGGGUAGUCUCGAUUAGGGGGAUGAGCUGCCGCUCUGGAGCAGUCCUUUCGAGCCAUGUUUGGAGCUGUUUUGUGGGAUUCAUGAGCUGUGCUGGAGACCUUCUCUUCCCUGCGCCAAUUGUUGAUAAAGCAGAAGUCAAACAGUGUUAUGUAACAUUCCUGUCUGUCCUUCCAUAGUACAGCUGGGCAUAUUAUGAGGCCACCAUUGUAUUUACAUUUCUCACUUUUAAGGCAGCCUCUGUCCCUGCCACACAGACCCCCCUGCAUGAAACACAUCAUAGUUUAACUUUGUACUAUCCUGCCUUUGUAUAGAGUGCAGAGGGGCAGACUGACCCCCCAGUCUGGAGCUGAUUUCAGAUGGAGUGAUGAUGCUACAAACAGACUUGUCAUUAAGUAUGACAAAGAAAAUUAUGACAAAAGACAAACCAGGAGCAACAAUAAAAGUAGGACAUGAUCAAGGUCACACAAAGCACAUUGCUUUGAAUACUUUAUAUUUCAGAACAACAUUUUAGGAACAGUGCUUAUUUUAAUUUUUUAGGCCAACAACAUAUUUCAAAAAAGUUGGCACAGGGAUAAAAAUGCCAUAAAGGUUGUAAAAGCCAAGAAAAAAAGAUACUGAGGAACCAAAACCAAUUUACAACAGGUUAGUGACAUGACUUAUGUAUAAAAAGUGAAACCAGAGAGGCUGAGUCUGUCAAAAGCAAACACUUCCACAGUUUUAGAAAAAAAUGAUAGAAUUAGAAAUGUUCUUCUUCAUCAGCACGUCUGAGAAUAUGGAGAAGUACAACAGAGGUAAGGGCAAAGACUACAGCUGGUUGACCAUGAUCUUUGGGCCCUCAGCACUACAGUAAAAAACAGUCAGUACAGUAAAGUGGAAAUAACUGCACGGGCUUCAAAAUAAACUGCCUAUGAAUGCAGUUUGUCACCACAUCUACAAGUGUAGUUGUGGUUGUGAUGAUACACAAAAAUCUAAGCUGGGUAUGUAUCUUGGUUUUUAAGUCAAGGUUCAGUUAAAAAAUGUUGAUGACUUCACUUCAGUCAUUUAAAAAAACAAUGUUUGUGAUGAUAUAAGAAUGAAGAAGCACUCAUGCUAGGGUUAACUUACUCAUCUGUGAAGGCUCCAUUAAUGCUGAACAAUAACUACAGGUUUAGGAGAAACAUCUGCUGCCAUCCAGACAAGUACACUGUCAGGGGGGAGGUCUUCAGCAGAACAACACCAAACCACAUUCAUCAGGUUUUACAAGAGCUCGGCUCUGGAGUAAAGGAGUCCAGGUGCCUAGCUGGCCUGCCUGCAGUCCCCACUUGCUAUCCAUUGAAAAAAAAUAGACUGUUAAGUAUAGGGUUGCAAAAUUAUGGGAAUUUUCAAAGUUGGAAACUUUCCAUGGCAAUUAGUAGAAGUGUAUGGGAAUUGACGGGAAUAAAUCUGAAAUUUACAAAAUUGAAGGUUGGCCCUCAACAGGGAACUUAAAUAUAACUGGUGAAAAUAUAUUGUUGCAUAAUCUUGUCUUAAACAACCAGAUUUAAUGCAAGUACACUCCUCAAUCACAUGCACACAGCACACUGCUUACUGCAGGGCUGUUGAGGCCACAACCCCCACAUGCACUGUGCAUUCCUCCAUCACAUGCACAGAUGAUUUCUUGGAUCCUGGAGGCCACACUUUUAAGCCCAAAGCACGAGACAUUUGAGCCCACGGACUAUAUAAAGUCAAGUAACUAUUGAUGAUAUUAUGGGGUAAAUAUAUUUGAUCUAUAACAGUAUUAAUAUUUAACUUGCAAAAAUUAAAUAAAAAUAGGUGCUAUAUGUCAGCAAUUUUUCAUUUCAUUGACCAUUUAAGGGGCUAGCUUAUUAUGGUGGUGGCAGCUACCUCAAAUGUUAGGCUGUUCCUUCUGACUCCUGCGGGACAGUUUUCUGUAACCAUACAAUAAUUUACACAAUAAUUGUCAAAUAUUUUGAAGAACAUUCCAGUUGUUUAGCCAACUAUAUAUUUUUUUAUUCUACAGAAAAAUGCCACGUUUGCUAUCUGAUGUGUGUCAUGUUUUUUAAUUGUAUUAAUUCGCAUGGAUGGCUGCUUAUGACAGAACAAGAACAUUUACAUUUGUGUUUGGAUAUGAUACAGUUUGCUCAAAAUACCCCCAAUUUCCAGUUAAUUACCAUAUAUUCCCAAUAAUUCCCAUGUAAAGUUUUGAAUUUAGAUUCCCCCAGAAAUUCCCCAGCUUAACUUCCCAUGGGAAUUUUCUGGAAAUUUACUGAAAAUUUUCUGCCCCUUUGCAACCCUAGUUGAGUAGUUAUAACCUUGGAUCAGAAUGGGAUGAAAUGUCACUCUGAAACACAACCAUAGAAUGUAUAUAGAAUGGACAUCGUCUGCCCCCUCACUGGGUGAAGCCACCGCGAGAACAGCACCCUCUGGUGACGGGUUGCAGUAUAGGUCAUGAAUCCAGCCUCCUCCAGUAAUCCCUAUGGAGCUGUGGACAAACUUUAGAAAUUAAUUACACAGACUAUAAAUUUUUCUCCCCCCUGCAAUGUUGACAUGUAGUUACAGUAAGACUGGUUUGUGCUCAAGUGCUCUUGUUUCUGUGCAGCUCCAUUUUUAAAAGUUAUAAGGGGGUUUAAUGUUUUCUAUGAUUGACACUUGAUACAGCCUAUGGGCGUACGUAGAUUGCAUAACUCAACCGGGGGAUACGCUGUUUGAGCAGAGCAUCAUCAUAGCGGCUCUUGGCGACUCUCCCACGGAAUGCCAACAAUGCUACUGCGCAAGUGGUGGAGUGAGUACAAUGCUGAUGUGCAGGGUUGGUUUCAAGAAGUGGAGAGAAAUCACAGAAAAACCGAGAGCUUUUUUGGCUUGAAAUCAGUAUACUGGCGGAAGGUGGAACCAAAUUGUCCAUAGUAUAUAUAGUCUAUGACUACAACACCCAGAGCUGACGAACCAUCAGCUGCUGUUUUGAAGGUUGGAUACCUCACCUCAGCUCUCUGCUUGACAAACACCUACUUGUUUUACUGUCAUGUGUUUCUUGAAAAAUCAUAGUCAUAAUUGUUGGCCAUCUUGCUAAUGGAAGUUUUAAGACCUCAUGGGUCAUCCAGAGUCAUCAGCCAUGUGGUGUGUCUGUUUUUUGGAAACUGGCUGUGCAGGAGCAUUUCAGUGAGCAGGGGAAUUCUAUGUGGCGCUCUCACAGUUGUUGAGUGGGUGACACAUUCCCACAUGGCAUGUGGUGACAGGUCCAUCUGGGUGCGCCUGUUGUCAAAAAACAAACAGACCCCCUAUAGCAAGGGUCAAGGUCAAAACAGGGACAGUCCCAAAUAGGACCCUCAAAGCUGGGCCACUAGUCUCAGGAGGCUCCAGAGGAACACAGCGUCCAUGGACUGAGGAUUUGUUACGCACAUCAUCAAAUUGGUAAAGCUCCAAUAGAUCUUCAGUGAUUCUCUGGAGUCAUUAUAGUCUUUUGGGAAUUGCUUGUUUUGGAAAUGUUAUUAGUUACACUGAGAGCUCUCAAUUGAGGAUUUGAGUCUGUUGGUGUGAGUCAGUGUGUUGUGGAACUGAAUCUCAGAGAAGCAGAUGGGCUCAACAUCUUCACUGCGUUUUCCUACUUUGUAGACACAUUUGUUAAGAUUUCAACCUGAUGUCUCAGGUUUUAAAUUUGAAGAGAAGACACUUUGAGAGUAUAGAUCAGUUAAUGCAGAUUGGACCAUGAAUUCCUGAUGGGUCACUAUGACUUCAACCUUUACUGAUGAGUGGGGCCUCUUUUGGACAUACACAUUUCUAGUUUGGUGCUGUCUUGAAGCUGUGAGAGUUCUCUUCCUUUGCCAUGCUUAUUUUAAAUGACAUAUGAGUUACAUGUCACUUGUAAGUGUACUAGCAGCAAUGGAGGCCAGUCUGCUAUGCUCCGACUACCGGCAGAAACAGCAGGACACCAGGCAAGCUACCAUUUCAAGAAGAAGAAGAUGAAGAACUAUAUUGAUCCCUGAAGGGAAAUUCAUGGCUGCAGAUACAGUGGACCUCCAUAAGCAGGUGUGCAUCUGGAAACUUCAUAAUGUGAGCACAGUGGGAAGUCGGACCUCAGCUUGGAUCUUAAAUGUUGAAAGGAAGUAAGGGAUUUCACCAGCGAAAGUUGCUUUUUGUCAUGUCCUUUUUACAUAAUCCAUUAAAAUCCUAACUUUCCAUGUUAGGCAUUAAUCCUGCAAACAGGCAAAAUUUCGACUGAGCAUAUGCAAAAGGAGGUCUAAGAUUCAAAUAGCCUGGUUGAAGCUGUGUUGCAGCUCAUUAUACAAACUCAUUAUACAAAACUGAGUUUAGUAAUUAGCUUUGUAUGAUGUGAAGCACUGAGUCUUGGUCUUAGCUUACCCUGCAGACAGUUAUGCUUCAGUUUUUUUAUUUCAGCUCAGUAUUCCCCUUUCAGCAGCUACCACAGUGUAUGUUGAUAAUAUGUUUGUCCUGUGGACCAUGGGUUGUGUCAUCAUGUUGUGAAAACACUGAGCUGAAGUCUUACCCUGAAGACGCUCGAACAUUCAGCUUUCCUGGUUUUCUGAUUGAACUCCUGGAUGUUGCUGAAAAUGGGUAACAAACAGUGAUGAGCAUUCAGUGGACUCUGAGAUGCAGACUGCAGCCUCAUGUGGACUUCUGCUAUAUAUUUGGUGCUGUUGUUACCACGUCUCACUCCUUACAGACAGGAGUUUUGCAGGUCUGUAUGCAUUAGCUCACAGUUUACACAUCUGCACCAGCAGUCCAUAAAGGUAUCAAUGUGUGUCCACAUAGUAAUCUGCAUUUCAUUGGUGCAGCCAGCAUCACUUAUUCUGUAGUUUAGAUGUACAUCUAUCUCUUUGAAGCCUACUGAUCCAAACAGCUGAUCAGAGCAUGUGGAAGAGCAUGUGUAUGUUGCCUCCACAAAUAGGGCACAAACAAAUGGGCUUUCAGAUGGCAAAGUUGAGUGUUGAAAAAUUUCUAAGUGGAACUUAAACCGAAAUGAAAACUUGAGUCCAAGGCUCCAUAAUCAGCUGAAUAAUGUGGUACAGUCAGCCCGCUUAAAAAGUCCUGUUUCCCUGUGGCUGGUACACUCACAAGUAACAUGACUUAUACUACAUUACUUUAAAAAUGACUACAUAUCUUUUUAAGUGUUGCGCUCACAUUUUCAGUCCCAGCAUCCUCCGUUUCUGCGUUUAAAAGUCAAACUGUGGUAAGUAAGGAUACAACAGUGCUCUGCUGCUGCUGCUGUUGCGAUAAAUGCUUCAAAGGAUGUAGACGUAAUUUGUCCAAGUGAAAUGUCAGUCAAGCUCUGAAUUGUAUAGCAUAACCUUGUGUAUUUUUCCCAGAGUGUAUGAAAAAUCCAUCUAAGCAUGUUACUGGCCAAUAUGACCAUGUUGGUUAGAUUGUAAUGUGCAGGGAUAAAAUUCACUCAACUUCAACAGUUAUGUUUCUUGUUGUUUUAGGAUAGUUUUUUUUAUUAAAUGCUAAAUUACCCCAACAUUGUGACAUUGGUAUUAUAUAUAGGCCUGCUCUUUCAUAGUCAGCAUUGGCAGACAUCAGCAUGCUCUAUAGAUAUCUGAGGGCUUCAUAGAUCAUGAGACCGGAUGGUUCUGCAGGUAAGUCACAGUUUGACACAAGUGGAGCGACUCAAGGCCCGAAGAGCAUCUUAUUUCCUGUUUAUCUUGGCAAGAUCUCUGCUGGCCUUCUCAGAGCUCUCAGAGUCUUUUUCCUUUUCCCAAGCUGGAUGGAUGGUGUUCCUCACUCAGCUCUGCUCUGUGGCGUUUCUUCCUAAAAAGGCUGGGGGUGAUCUCUGCUCCUGUGUGUUUAUACAGCAAACUGAACGCUGCUAGAUGUCAUCCUCACAUUAUCUGUUAAAUGUGAAAGACUCAUGCACUCUCAUGUCUUUUUUUUUUUUUUUAACAAAGAACUCCCCGUCUCAGGAUGCAGUGAUUGUAGUGUUCAGUUUGAACAACUCUCAGAGGACUGUCUGAUAAUAGAUUUUUUAAAAUUAGUUCAAGGAUGGGUUGCCUGUCUGGUCUGCAGAGGAUCUGAAAGUUAGCUCAUUUUUAGCUAAAGGAAGAGUGAAAUAUAAGCAUACACAUUUUCUGAUGCAGGGGAACAGCUCCGCUCCAAGACCACAAUAUGUAACAAGCUUUUUUUUUAUUUAACAAGUUUUAAGUUGGUGUCCCUGCAGGACUUGCUGGAAUAGCUCCCACUUUCUCCUCAUGAGGCCUAUUUGUAGACUUUCCAGCUGGAACACAAGUCCCCUGCUUGUUCUGCACGUUGACUUAUUUACCUUCAUGUGCAAACACGCAAACACGAAGAGGAAACACAAAGAGGAACAAGCACAUUUUAAACUCUGCUGGAAUUAACACAGUUUGGGAAAUCAGAGAUGAAUUUGUUGUCUGUGCUUUUUGUCAUCACUGAGAGCCUACAUGGACAGCACAGUUUAUUUACAUCUUUGUAUGCUUCAGUGACCAUUUGAAUGCCUUGUGUGUGUGUGUGUGUGUGUGUGUGUGUGUGUGUGUGUGUGUGUGUGUGACUCUGUCUUGCUUCAGUCAGCCUUAUUCUCCGCCUCUAAAUGAGGAGGUCCUCUAAAUCAGCCGUGCACAAAGGGGGGCCCGGCAGAGCAACAGAAGUGUCUCACAGAUACUUUUCUGGUGGCCUCGGUUUGCUUCGGCAUGCUUCACUGAUGCAGCUCAGAUUAGCAUAUGUUUGUUUUCUCCCACAUCCUCCCCUCUUGCUCUUAAAGGGGAAAGACAUUAAAAACUUUGAAUAUAUAUCACCAGUUCAAGGCAGGUCAAAUUUUCUCUGGGAACCUGGAAGCUUGCAGAAUAACAGAUAGUAGCCCCAAGCUGCCCAUGAAUCAAGAGUCAACAUCAUCCACACUUAUAAAAAACUGAUCUUUUAUGUUCUGGACUGGAUCAUCAAGUUAAGAUCUUUUCAUUUCUGUUAUUUUUCUCAGAGCUCUCCUGAAGAGGGCAGUAUUAGACCGAGCUCUACCUCCUGUAAGUCUAUGCCCUCAAACACAUCAGAGUAUACAAUGCAGUCAGAGUGAUUUGUUGCUGAGGCAUCCAGAUGUACCAUAAAUACACAUACCUCAGCCAUAUGACCAAAUGUCAUGUUUCCAUUGUGUUUAAGUGAAAUCAGGUCCUCGAUCGGUCUGUGCUGUCAAGAUAACCCCUCUGCCGACCAUGAAAGGCUCUCCUGAUCUGAUUCCUGCUGCAGGUGAUGUAUCCCUCCACUUCAGGUUUUUUUUUUUUUUUUUAUUUGUGAAAAGGCACUCAUUGGCAAUGUGGGCUUCUGUAUUUUAACCUCUGAUAGAGUGAUCAGAAUAAAGGAGAUAGUAAUAUGAUGGCCUAGUUUUAAUGUUAGUGUUAUAUUGUGAUCAUACAUACCUGAAAUAGCAUUUAAUUGGAAUCUGAAGCCAUACUGAACUCUGAGGGCACUCUGAAAUUUGUACUAUCCGCUGAGAGCUGGUGGUAAUUGUGUGUAUAUAUUAUAAGUAUAGUCAUGCACCAACUCUUAGAUUAUCAAACUGGACUGGAAUUAUAAGUGCUGCUCAAGAGAUGAGAGUGUCCCCAAAAAGUUCAUUUUUUCCCAUAAUGUCAUUUAAAAGUGAAGCUUCCAUAUAGUAUUUUAGAUUCAUCACUGACCAAGUGAAAUAUUUACAGAUGAUUACAACUUACUGCUUAGAAAAGGAGUCAAACAUCUCAAAACAUAAGAGUACAGUGGAGAAGUUCAGUUUUAGAGUAGAUAUGGAAACAGAUUCAUGAAAGUUGACUGAAGGGAAAAGUGAGGGACAAAAAGGAGGCCAGGAAACAGAGAUGAAAGCAGAGCUAAGUAGACUAAGUAGAUUCAAGGACUUAGGGGGCCUCACAAGAACUGGACUGAGUCUGAAGUCAGAUCAUCAAGAGCCUCUACACAAAGACCGGCCCAAAUGGACUACAAGCAUCAUAGCCCUAUGAUUAAGACACCUUUUAGGAGUCUCACCUGAAAUUAAGAGACAAAAAACUGGACUAUUGCUAGAAGGUCCAAAGUCCUGUUUUCAGACCAAGUCCCUUUAGCAUCUCAUUUGGAAAUCAAGAUCCCAGAGUCUGGAGAAAGAUCAAGAAGGCCCAGGAUCUCACAUCGUUGAGUCCUAGGGUGAAGUUUCCACAGUCUGUGAUGGGUUGGGGGGCUAUGACAUCUGCUGCUGUUGGUCUGCUGUGUUUUAUCAAGUCCAGAGUCAACGCAGCCCAAAGUCCACCAGGAGGUUUUAGAGACCUUCAUGCUUCAUCUGCUGAGAAGUUUUAUGGAGAUCCAGAUUUCCUUUUCCAGGCAGGACCUGGUCCCUGUCCACAGCGCCGAAACUACCAGAAACUGUUCUGCUGACCAUGAUACUACUGUGCUUGAUUGUUCAGCCAACUGGUCUGAUCUAAACCCCAUAGAGGAGUAUCAUCAGGAGAGACACCAGAGGAACAGACCAGCUGAAGGAGCUAUCAGAGAGACCUAGACUUCAGUAAGACACGACACACUGAUGCAGGAAUUCAAGCAAAAGGAGCACCAAUCAAGAACUGAGAGCAGAAAUGAAGAAGGUUUUCUAGAAGGUCCACAUCUUUGGAUAUUCAUCCUUUAUUAGUGUUUUUUUUUUUUUUUUUUAAUUUUUGAUAUUUUGAUGUUUGGAGAGAGAGAGUGGGUUAUUGAUUUUUGUGAGCUGUAUUCAUCAAGAUUGAAGCAAACAAAGUCUGUCAAUUUUUGACUCUGUUUGUGGUGAAUCUAGAAAAUAUGUAGGAUUCACUUUUUCAAGCCCGCCCAUCAUAGAUAAAAUGAAGCACCAUUAGAAUCAGAGUUAACAGGACUGGUUUGUGCAGCUGAGCAUGGAGCAUGCUCAAGCUGCUCUUAGUCACAAAAAGGGAGUAAACUGCUCAGGGCUACAUAUCUUUGUAAGUGUUUUUACACUUGAAUUUCAUCAGCAUUAUUUGCUUCAUAAAUAAGACCUUGAGACAAAGAUAGCAGAAACACAAUUCUUGGUGCUGUUAACAGCCACAACCUAUUUUUAGUGAAUCACCCCCCAGAGUGAAGUAAAUACAGUAAAUCCACUAUGCUCUGAAGCUUGAGAAGCUGUGGAAACAUGUGUGCUAUUUUGACUGUUUUCAGAUUUGAGCCCCAGCAGAGUAUGCAAAGGGAAAGGAGUUGUGACUCUGAAGGCCACAUUAGUCCACAUAGAUGAUGAUGAAGGCCUCAUCACUGAAGAGCCAAAUGUCAUCACGAUGCCAAGUAAGCUCAAGCAAACUUUACAGCUGCUUCUGAACCACUCUGCACGUAAUGAAAAACCACUUAGAGGAUAGUCAAAAUUGCAUGAACAUGUGAAAAACAGACAGGUCCCUGUGAAAUGUGAGCGGAGGGUGUCAAUGUUGCAGAAGUUUUAAAAGCACUGCAUCAUUGUCUCUGGAUUAGAUCUUCUCUCACAGAAUCGGAAUCCACUCAGGAGGCCUCAGACUUUAAUAAAUACAAGGGCUGUGGCUCAGGUGAUACAGGCCUGAAUACGCAUUUCCUGAUGGUGUGAUUGCACCCUCAGUUGCCAGGAACAGUCAGGUUCAUCAUAAAGGGCGAGUGCUCAUAUUUUCAUUUGUGCAUCAAAGAGCUUUUUUGUUGCAGCCUGCCCACACCGCACUUUGGAAAGAGGCGCCUUGACUGUGGGCUUGUUUUUAACCAAGAGCACAGUGGAAUUGGACUGGAGGCUGGCAGAGUCUUUCAGGAAGAUGCAUUGUUUGUCGUGAAGCCUGAAUAUAAAGGCCAUCGGAACAAACAGCCUUUGCAGCCCUCUGUGAAUAAGCUCUUUGUUCUGAUUACAAAGUUAAGGGAUUGUGGGAGAGUCUUUUUUCCCUUUCCCGGGCUUGUGGACAUCUGUGCACAUGAAAACCAUGCAGAAAACCACUCCCUGAAGAAUGAAACUGAUAUGGAUCUAAAUCAGCAGUUAGGUGUUGUCAAGUCUCAUGUUUAUAAGAUCACAUUUACUGAAGUAUUACUGGAAUACUCAAACUUUUUGACUCACCCUCAGAGUUUUUAAUAUUUUUGCUGCACUUGCUGCCGCACUGAGAGAGCUCUUGACACUUUAUAGGUGGCUGGACAGGCCAGAUUAAUGGGGACAGCUUUAAAGCAGGACUGGCUGAAGGAGGAGGCGACACCAGAGCUGAUUUACCUCCUUUAAACAACACUCAGUGCCAGGUAGGUUUUCUGCCGUUCCUUCUAAAACAGACUAUCUGUUUGGGCUCUUAGCGCUUUUACAACUCUGAGAACUGUGCAGUCUCUGUUAUCUGAAGUCUGACUUUGACCUUUUUCAAUAAGUUCCCAAUAAAUUGAUAAUCGUGCUGUUAUUUUCAGUCGAAUUUACCAGAAAGUGUGAAGGAAAAUCAGUCUCCAACCUCCACUGACAUCCAGAUCUGUCCUUCACCGACAUCCAGCUCAGUUUACCCUUGCACCAGUACUGUUAACCCCACCAUAGUCUUGCUCCAACACAACAGAGGUGAGGAAUCUUGACAGCUGUGGAGGAUGACCAGUUUUGUGAACAUACUUUUUCAUGUCUCCCUAGCAUCUUGUCAGCCAAGGUUCAUGCAACUCUUUGCUUAGUCUCACCUGUGGUUGCCUCCUCUUGCUCAGUGUUACACAUUAUCUGUGCUCUCCUAUUUGUGCGUCAUUGUUUAGUCACAUUUCACUGUCCUGUCCUUGUCUGUCUUUAUCUUUCAACAGAGAAGCAAAAGCAUUUCUCUCAGUUUGAAGGUAUGCACUUGCAUUGUGUCUUACUGCUAUUUUUAUUUCAUUUUGUAGACUUGUGGUUUUCUCCUAGACCACCUGUCACAACAACCAUUGAAAGGUCCUCGCAGUGUGGUCAUAAAUGAGGACGACUGCCCUGAUCCAGAAUGUAGUGAAACAUAUGGCAGUAUUUUUCUUUGGUGUAUUGACCCUAAGUUCACCUUCAUCACUUUCUUGAUACUUUUUCCUCAGACAAUGGUCUAAUCAGAACUGUUGUCAUGUCUGUGUCCUUCAUGGCAACACAGCAACAGAUGACUGCAGUGCUCCAUUGAGAUCAUUUUCUUUUUAUUUCAUCUUUCUUUCACUUAUUUCACUCCUCACAUGUCUCAUUCUGCAAUUCUACAUGUUUCAAACAUUGUUUGCUGUGGAAAGGUGUCUUUGAUGUCAGCAGUUAGUACCAUUAAAAACCUUUACUGCAAUAACAAAGAAAAAUAAACUUAUUAUAGGAUAUUCUACCAGAAGAACAGAUUAUGUGCGUUUAAGUGCAGCUAAAAAAGAAAAAAAAAAGGGUUGCAAAAAACUUUUGCUCCGUUCAUUUAACUCAAAAAGUGAAACUUCCACAAAUCACUUACAAAGUGAAAUUUUUUGAGACUUUUCAAUUUUGUUGGGGAUGAAUCUAGAGUAUAUGGAAGUUUCACCUUUUGAAUAAUAGGAAAAACUUCUUCAGGACAGUCAUCUUUCGAACUACACCUGAAAAAAUUUGACUUUCAAAAUUAUUUUUGAUAUAAUGCAGUAUGGCAUGUUGAUAUUGUUCCUUCUUUAUCACAAGGUACAAAGCAAGUCCUGUGACAGAAAAUUAAACUAUUGGUGAAUUAUGUGUGAAAUAUUAUGUGUACACUAUAGUGUUAUCUGAAGUUUAAAUGUGAUGGUUACUCUAAAUUUUACCUGGCUAACAUCAUUUUGAUUUUGUUUGUUUGUUUGUUUGUUUGUUGGUUGGUUUGUUGUGACAGACACAGCACUAGACAGAGCCAGAAGUCCUGAUCCUGGGAGAGACUCAGUCAGUCCAGUUCCUGAUAUGGACUGGAAGAGGAUGCGGUUGUCGCUGCACUCUCCUGUCCUGAGUCCUCUUAACAAGCCCAUCGUUCCUGCUCGAGUGAGUAACAGACACUGCACUUAAUUCUAGAAUAUAUAAUAUCUAAUUCUGUAAAGGAGAUCAUUUUUUGACAUGUAACUUGUUAUUUAAUGAUGUCACUGUUUCCAGUUUCUAUCUGGACAAGUCAGGUCUAUUUUUGUGACUUUCUUUACAGCAUUGUCAAAAUAAAUACUCCAUUCUCACAUGGGAAAGUGUUAGAGAGGAAGUUUAACACUCUAUAUGUGUAACCGUAAACUCAGAGUUGCGGGAACCCUGAGGUUUUUUAGGUUUUGGUUCCCAAAAAGGCAUUUAUAAGUCUGUCAACACUCUCUGUAUAUACAGUGCAUCCGGAAAGUAUUCAUACCACUUCACUUUUUCCACAUUUUGUUAUGUUACAGCCUUAUUCCAAAAUGGAUUAAAUUCCUUUUUUCCCUCAAAAAUUCUACACAAAAUACCCCAUAAUGACAAAGCGAAAAACUUUCCUUAGAACAUUUUGCAAAUUUAUUGAAAAUAAGACACUCAAAUGUUGCAUAUUUAAUGACACUUAAUGUUGCAUAAGUAUUCACACCUUUUGCUAUAAAACUCAAAAUUAAGCUCAGGUGCAUCCUGUUUCCACUGAUCAGCCUUGAAAUGUUCCUCCAACUUGAUUGCAGUCCACCUGUGGCAAAUUCAGCUGAUUGGACAUGAUUUGGAAAGCCACACAUGUCUAUGUAAGAUCCCACAGCUGACAGACCACGUCAGAGCACAAAGCAAGCCAUGAAGUCGAAAGAAUUGUCUGUAGACCUCUGAAACAGGGUUGUAUCGGCACACAGAUCUGGAUGUUUUUCAGCGGCAGGAACUGGGAGACUUGUCAGGAUCCAGGGAAAAAUGAAUGCAGCUAAGUACAUGGAAAUCCUUGAUGAAAACCUGUUCCAGAGCGCUCGAGACCUUCGACUGGGGCGACGCUUCAUCUUCCAGCAUGACAAUGACCCUCCUUAGGGUCAUUGACAAUGACAAUGACCCUUAGGAGUGGCUUCAGGACAAGUCUCUGAAUGUCCUUGAGUGGCCCAGCCAGAGCCCAGACUUGAACCCGAUUGAACAUCUUUGGAAAGACCUGAAAGUAGCUGUGCACUGACGCUGCCCAUCCAACCUCACUGAGCUUGAGAGGAUGUGCAAGGAAGAAUGGGGAAAAACUCCCCAAAUCCAGGUGUGCCAAGCUUGUUGCAUCAUACACAAGAAGACUGGAGGCUGUAAUCGCUGCCAAAGUUCUUUGACCAAGUAUUGAGUAAAGGGUGUGAAUACUUAUGUAAAAGCAACAUUUGAGUGUCUUAUUUUUAAUAAAUUUGCAAAAUGUUCUAAGAAAAGUUUUUCGCUUUGUCAUUAUGGGGUAUUUUGUGUAGAAUUUUUGAGGGAAAAAGGGAAUUGAAUCCAUUUUGGAAUAAGGCUGUAACAUAACAAAAUGUGGAAAAAGUGAAGUGAUAUGAAUACUUUCUGGAUGCACUGUAAACUCAGCAGGAGGUUGAGCUUAGCCGUCAGAAGAGCUGAGACUGAAGAGUUGUACAUGGUGAUAGUGAAUAAAAGUGUACAUUUAUCUGUCCUAGUGUGAUCAGAUGUUAGUUUUUAUACUUAUUCUAUCAUUGUGUAAUAAUUUUACUAGAUUCACACUUUAAUUCCUCAAUAGAAAGAGCUCAAAGUUUUCUCUAUAUCAGCAGAGUAUCAAUGUUUGACUCUAAAUCGGUAAUCAUGAUUGUGGUGAUUUAAACUCCAAAGUAGAUCUAUUUAAAGAUCUAUUAUAUUUUGUAAUACAAUUCUUGCUCAACAUCAUACUGCACAGGGCUGUGCCAUUUGCUCUCAUUAGCAGCACAGUACACAAGUGUGAUUAUGCAAACUAUUUAAUGUCAUUUUAGUUCAUUUGCUCAGGUUUAGCAGGUACAAAAGCCACACAGUCCUAUAGUCAAUCAAACCCAGAGUCUGUUGAAGAAAACUAGCUGUGAAAAAUUGAAAUACUCAGCUCUCAGAGGUAGCUUUACUCCAUCUUGAACAGCAUUUGUUCAUUUUUAAAUUCUUCCCAUCUUUAUUUCAGAGCACAGAAAAGUCCAAAGACUGGUACAAGUCAAUGUUCAAACAGAUACACAGGAUACCCGGUAAGAGAAAGUCAUCAUUUCCUCUUUUCAUGUGUCUGAUCAGUUUCUCCAUUUUGUUGCGGUGUUCAUCUGUUGGUGUCCAGACCUUAUGUGUGUUUUUUAUGUGUUUGUAUUUUGUGUCACCCUGAUCUCUGUCUCUCCAUCACUGUGCUCAGAGCCAGUUGAGGAAAACCCUUACCGCCCCACCUACAUUUUCCCAGAAAAUUAUGACAGUCAGAUGAAAUCAAAAGGUAUCCUGUGGCAGUAACCUCCCUCUUGUUGGCUUUACUAAACUGCUGUCAUCUUCGGCCUCCUCUAAUACUAAAGCUGGGUCUAAACUUCCGUACCUGAUCCCACAGUCUAUGGAAAGAUCAUAUAGUACUUUUCGGUUUUCUGUCUGUCAUAUGUAGCACUAUUUCCUGUUCUGGUUACCUAUUUCCUGCCUGUGUGGUUGUGUGAACCCAAGCGCAGUAAUUCUCUCACCUGUCCCUGGUUACUUCCACUGUAUUGAACCGUCAUGUACAUAAAUGCCAAGCUGAGUGCAAUGUAUGAGUCUCUGAGGGCUUAAAAUGGAUAAGGAGGAUAAGGACACACUAUCAUGGCAUUGUACUGUUGACACAGACCCUGAUAACAAGACAAGCAAUUAUUCAGUUUAAAAAAAAAUCACAAAAAAACAACUGUUAGGUUGAUUUAUGUGUGUGUUGUGGUCCUGCAAUGAACUGUUGAAUGCUGAAAAUAUGUCAGUUAAUUUCUUGGCAGAGCUGAUAAGGCGAAAGACUUUCAAAAUCAGAACCAAGGAUGUAAUAGGAUAAUGACUAAAAGGAGCAGUCUGUGAUUCAAGAGAAAGGUUACCUGAGACACCAAUUUAGACUCAGGUCAAUAGAAAUAGCAAUGCUUUUUCCUCACUUUACUUUGUCAUAAUAAAGAGCUUGAGCAGUCACCUGAUGUAGUUUACCACAGCGGCCACAAGAUGUCGAUGUAGUCCUGCUCUGUUCUAUUCUGUUCUGUCCUUGUGGGUCUCUCUGCCCACAACCUUUGAGCUGCACCUAACAACCCUCAUCUGUCAGUGCUUUAACAUGGGUUUAGACUCAAGCUUUCACUUUUAAUCCGUCCAAAUGGGACACAAGAUUUAAACUUACUAAUUGCUCCCCUCUAUUGGCCCCAGGUACUCACAGUCAGUCCCCCAGUCUGAUGUGCCUCCUCCACUGUUGUUGAAUAUUAGGUUGUGAAUGUUGCUUUAGGUGGCCAUGGCCUUUUUAGACUGCAUGCAUUACUAAUUCAAAGCCUUGAUGCUCAGCCAUGCUUGGAUCCCCUUUUAGCACAGCAGUGCUUCCUGUUAAGAGCUUUGAUUGGACAGACUUCGAUAAAGUUGGAUGAAUCUAUAAUGCUUGGCCUAAUGGUUGUGGGUGGGGGUGGGGGUAGAGUCUAGAGCCUUGUGAAUUAUUAAGUGGUCUAUUUUUUAUUGGCCUUUAAUGAACAGAGUAUAGAUAGAUAACUGUUAUAAUAAUUGAAUUUUGAUUAUUGAUUCUCCCUCCAUCAGAUGAUGGUCCCACUCCCUAUGGUUACUUAAAAGAUGGUAAGUUCAAUCAAUCAAUCAAUAAAUCAAAACUUUAUUUAUAAAGCAGUUUCCUAAGAAGUAUGUAACACAAAUUAUGCAGUUUGACUUUCUUUCAUACCUGCAUCAUCUACUAUUGGUAUUAAUCCGUCCUGCAUCUCAAUCACUUCACAGAAACAAAGUUAAAACUGUCACAAAUGAGGUAAUUUAGUAUCAAGCUGUAAGUCUGUUCCUUUCAUUGUGACUGUUUUCAGUGAAAACUGUCACAGGUCCAAAAAGUGACAUUGAAGCUGAAAACAGAGGCCGAUCAAUGCCAGUGCCAACAAGAUCCUCUUCCCUCAAACCCUCAGCCAAAAGGUUAGUCCGCUCCAUCCAGACCUAAGAACACUUCUGUUAACACCAUGCCAUGUCGGUGUUUGUAAAAAAAAAGCUUUUUCCAAUUUAGGUCACCACAGAUUUCGUCUUCAAUAUAUUUUCAACCACAUUUAACUUUCACACGUCCCUGCGAAUUUUGAAAAAGUUCUUUCUUGUGCAAAUUGGAGGUUUCUGCCCUUGUUUUCUUCUACUCCUGUGCCCUCUAGUUUUUACUCAAAUCCUGAUUAUUCAUAGUCAUUUGACAAACAUGAUCUAUUCUCUGAUGACUGAUGACUGAUGACUGAUGACUGAUGACUGAUGACUGAUGACUGAUAAAGUGUUGAAGGAGAACAGGUGACAGAGGAUAAACUGUUGCCCUCUAAGUUGCAGAUGACAUGAAGUAUUCCUCCCUGUAUGAAUACAAGCAUUCCCACCACCUUCAUUAUAUUGUUCAUGUUCAACAGACAUAUUUCUUACCAACAGUGUUUUAGUGGAGUUAUAAUAAGUGCAAGAUAAAGUAGCUUUAUUUUUGUCUACAAAGAUUUCUCACCAGGAAAAGCUGCACUCUUUGUUUUGCUAGCAUCCAUGAUGGAUCAGUCUGUUUAGCUAAACUGUGAAUGCGGUUUUAUGUCAUCCCAUCAUUCAAAGAAGAGACGAGUGAGAGAAUAGUGAGCAGGAAUAAUAAAGGAGGGCAUCGCAUUUGAAUUGAAUAACACAUCUUGGCCUAUUCUGGUUGCCAUGGAGACUACUUGAUAAGGAUUGGCUCUCUUUCAUCCCACACCCUACCCCUCCUUGUAACCCCCCUCUCCACAGGAACGAGUGGGAGCCUCCGGAUAAAAAGGUAGACACCAGGAAGUACCGUGCCGAGCCCAAGAGCAUCUUUGAGUACGAGCCGGGAAAAUCUUCAGUGCUGAAGCUGGAGAGAACGGUAAGCUAGCAGCCCGACUGUCUGCCUUUUUUUUUUUUUUUCCUUUCACUUCCUCUCUCUUCUUCUCCUUUUUCUUUCACUGUGCACGCUGUGUAAGCUGUUUCUCUCUCCACCCACCACCUCCAACCCCUACCAUUCACCAUGUUUGUAUCUGAGCUUGCAUGAGGCAGCUUUACUAACAGCUAACAUAUGUGUUACCCUGAACACCAUGUGCAUCACAUUCCUGCAGGGUGUCCUGUUCCAGUGACACAUGAUACUGUUCAGAAAAGGGGGGAUCACAGUAUCACUCACAGGGAUAGUCAUUGUCGUUAUGUCUUUAACCCACGAUUAUAUAGCAAAAUCUGCUCACUGCAAGAAGGUCCAAGCAGGGAGCCUAGUGUGUCCUGUAUUAUGUGAGGCUCACUUUUUUGUCUUUUCUAGUAUGUGUUUAAGAAAUAAUGCUGCAAUAGUGAGAGUCUCCAAGGAGGGUUUUUUAAGGAUGAGCUUUUAUGGACAUUAGAUAGCCACCAGCUAGACCAAGAGUGUGUUAUUUACAGGAGGAGAACGCUUGGAUUUUAUUUUAUAACUGUCUUUAUUGAUUUUUCACAGUAGAGGAAAUGGAGGUGUUCAGUAAAGUGAUAGAGUUGAUAACUGAUUCUGUAAUUAAUGCUUUUCCAGAGCUCAUGUUGUGUCAUGCUUUUAGAUGUUGUAAGCUGAGAACUGGCCUGAUUCUACUGACUGCUCUCAUUACAGAGAGUUUAUUCCAGUUCAUCCUGGAGCUGCUGUGAAAUAAUAGGCGCCAUUGUUUUCAGUUACAAGCCCAGUUAUGAAGAACGUAUUCUUUGGACCUUUAUGUGAAGUCUAAGCUCUUUUCCUUUCACAAUGUUGUUUUCAAAACUGUUGUGAAACCUACUAACUUGCAUCUUAUUUUUGCAAAUUGAAAUUAAACAUUUAUUCAGUCACCGUCAGCAAGUGUCUUUUAGUUAGAAGGAAUAAAAAAGGGGAUGUGUUACUUUUUAAAGAAGUAAUUUUUGCAACAUUUUAUGUGAACCCACCUGUUAUAAUGCAUUAUAAACACAUUUAUAAAGCUUUUAAUGCUUAAUAAUGCUUUCAAGUGUUGUAAACAGCAUCUUUUGAUUCUAGGUAUUAUAACACAGUAUAACUUUUUCCCAAUUAUAUACUUUCAUAAAUAACUCAUUCCACGUUAUCAUUAAAAAGUGAACAUUUCCAUGAUUCUUAAAGGGAUUUUCUGGCGUAAAUUUAAGUUAGGGUCGAACACACUGUAACACUGAGUUAGACAUCCCCUCAGGAGAUGAAUGUUGCCAACUGCUUGUUUCUCUAGUUAUACCAACUUUAGUAAUGAUCGCACGAUGCACAAUGGUCUACAUCUCAACACGCAAAUCUCAACCAAAACACCACUCUAUAGCCACAAAUGAUGCUCAGAACAGCACCUAACUUCAUCAACAGUACAUAUAGGGUCCCAGCCACAGUACUAGCCACCAAACAUCUUUUGAGCUUCUCCUUAUUUCUUUCACAAAGAGACUAAACACAACUCACCCACUCUCCUCCAGCAGCCACUUGUUUGUGGGGGAGCCCUGACGAGUGGAUCACCAAGUGCAGUGGAGUUUCGCACCUCAAGGAAGAACAUUUAUGUUCAUAACUAAAUGGAAAUGCAAUAAUUUCCAUGAAGUAAUAAUCAUAAUAAUCAUUUUGCACUGCAGAUGCAAGAGUUCUUCUGCCUUAGCGUCUUAGUCUGAUUGCAUUUCCAUGAGGUAGUGAUCAUUAAUGUUCUUCCUUGGGCUGCAUAACUCUGCUGCACUGGUGAUUGGCUCUUCAGGGGUCCCCCACAAACAAUGACUUAAACUUAUGACCCUUUAAUUCAAAAAAUGUUAUUCAUAAUCUCAACAUGUUAAAUCAUGACUCAGAGCUCUUUAAGUAAACUGACAGCACUGUAUGAGGUCAUUAAUAAUUAUAUGAUCCUACUACACAUUUAGAACUUAUAAGCAGAGUUUAGUGUCUGCAAGUAAAGUGUCAAAAAAGUUAUACAUUUUUAUACUUUAGAUUUGUUUUUGUUUUGUUUUUGCAUUAAGUAUUAUUCUUAUGAACCACACCUUUAUAAGACAUUGUACUCACUAUAUACCACUUCAUACACAUUGCUGUAAGGUGUUAUAAAUGCUUGUUAUCACCUAAAAGAAUUGAUAUAAAGCCGUAUAGAUGCAUUUAUAAGGCUUUAUAAAUGAUGCAUUAUAAAGGUGGGUUUAUAAAAAGUGUGACAGAGAUUCUGUGUUGGGCAGUGUUAGAAGUCUAUUUCUUUCUGAGGGUAAGAUGCUAAGAUUCAGGCUAAUCAUGAAUUUAUCCAUGCAGCCUUCAUUUAGCUUAUCCUGGCAAAAAGACCAGAAACUGAGUGAAACAGCAGAGCUCUAAACGACAUCUGCCUACCAGGAUAUCAUCAACUUAACAACUGAAACAAUAAAUGCUGAUUUUUGAGCUGCAGCGUAUAACUUAAAGUGUCUAAUUUUCACUUUAUGGUAUUUUAAGUGGGGUACUUACUGGUUCAAACAGGAUUACAGGCUCAUAUCAAGAAAAAGAAGUGUAAAAAUUCUGAGACAGAGCUGUACCAGCUGUUUCCCUGUUUCCAGUCUUAGAGCUAAGUUUGGCUACCAGCUGUAUCUUUACAUUCACCCUUAUGAUGCUGCCAUGGUUGAUGUAGUUGUAAGCACAGGCGCAUGAAAAAGCAUAAUUCUAAAGUCUAAAAUCAUCUUUCCAUGGCAGCCUUUUCAGAAGAAGCUAAUCAUCUGAUUUUCUCGAGCAGAUACUAGUAUCUGCAGUCUUCUUCGAUGACAACACCACAGUGUUAAGAAACAGUUCUGGUGUUUGGAGCAGACUGUGGCUCAAACAACUGUGUCCCUCUGCGUUUGUAUUCUCUGCAGUCUGAAUUGUUUUCUCUUUGUCUUUCUCCUCCUCCUCCUCUUGUUACCAUGCCCUAGACACAGGAUAUAAGUCCAGAAGAUGUAGAUUUAGAGAAUGAGCCUUGGUAUAAAUUCUUUUCAGAGAUGGAGUUUGACAAAGCGGUAAGUGGUUGCUGUCUUAUAAGUGACAGCAUAUUGUAUUUUACUGCAUGUGAUAACAUCUAUGUUCAAAUAAUGCUAAAAAAAAACUGUCUGUCUAUGAGGACUACUCCCUCCUUUAAUCUGCAAUACUAGACCCUUUUUUCUUUUUACUUGGUCCUGCACAGAGAAGUGAAAAUACUGCAUGUGUAAGCAAAGCGUAAUUAGAACAACUUCUGAUUCACAUUUUGAGAUCCCUGUUUUAUAAACUGCCACACCUCAUCAUCAUCAUCACCACAUACAACUGGAAAAGAUCCUUUACCCGGUCCUGUCUAAAAGAGUCGGCUCACAUCUAUUUUUGCCUCUUCAGAAGUGUUUCUCUGCAGUUUAUUUGUUAGGAGCCCAAUCAGCGUAGGCAGCAGACACAUACCUGCCCACAAGAUGUGCCUUUUCCCAAUAAUAUUAUCCCAAAAUCGUAUCACUGUCCCUAUAUUCAUAAGUGAAGAUGUGUCCUAACCACUGCAGCCUCACUGUUUCCCCAUGGUGUUAACUCAACCUCUUGAAAAGAGCUUGGCAACUAAUCAGAUUUAAAUAUUGAUUGUAAUUUUGGCCCCUCACGAUCAGACAAUGUGAAAAUCAAGACUGAGCAACUGCUUUACCGCCUGCUGUGUUAGCCGCGUUACAUCCUGUAUGUACAAUACAGAGCACCCUCCAACUCUCUCUUAACAGCAGGGCAUGGGCACAGCCCCUCCCCUCGGGGGGAGUAGAAGAUGGCAGGAGGAGAGAGGAGAGCAGGGAGAGGAGCAGAAGGAGGAUAAAGGAGAGGGGUAAGAGACUCAGAAGGAGAAAGGAGAAAAACGAGAGGAGCAGGGGGAGAGAGGACAGCAGGGAGAGGAGCAGAAGGAGGAGAGGAGGGGAUCAGGAGGAGAAAGGAGAGCAGGAGGAGAGAGAAGAGGUGGAUCAGGAGGAGAAAGGACAGCAGGGAGGAGAUAGGUGUGCAUCUGAAAAGCCAAGGGACUGAAUGAGCACUACUGUAGAGAGGCUGUAGCAAUCUUUAAGAGCUAACCUCUGCCAGGCUAAAAAGUGAGAGACAUCACCCUGAAUUAUGAUUAAGUACAAGCCUGAGUCUCAGCAUCAGAAAGGAUGUUAUAUUUAAGUUUGAAAGGACUGAAUGAUUGAUUAGACCUGAAGAGGUGCCACAAAAGAGCUCAAAUCCUCCAAUUUGUUUCUGACAAACUAUAAAAAACUUUUCUACAAAUUUUUUAUCGAGUGAGUAUUAUCACCAAACUAAAGCCAGAGCGCUCAAAGUGACAUGAAGAAGUGACGCAGGUUCCCUCUUCAUGCAAGUUGAUAAAAUUUUUAUCAUCCAGUUAAACAGACAGACAAAAAAAAUCAGGCUACCACAUCUUGUUUCUCCCAAAGAAUUAAGUGUUUUUAAGUUUUAUAGAAGUUUUAUGCAUCUUAAAUGUGUGUAAUGCAGAUGUCAAAUCAUAGGUAAUUGGUUUUAAUAUUCAUGACAUCAAUAUCAAUCAGAAUGAUAGUAAUUACGUUUUUUGCCAUAAUCAAGCUGCCCUACAUCUAAACACCAAGGGUGCAAGGACCUAACUGUAAUUCCUAUGAUUAUUUGUACAAGGUUUUUGUGUGUUUGGCUGGGCUUUUGAGGGUCUGAAAAAGUCCAUAUUUGGCUUCCUGAGACAUAAAAAAAAAGUUGAAGUCGUAGUAAAAUUUUACCAGAAAAUCACCCAUUCUGAAAAAAAUGGUGAAAACGACUUGUUUUAAUUAUGUUUUCUCCUUGUCUAAUUAACUUAAAACCAGGUUUACAGCUACAAGAGACAUAAACAAUCAGAAUUAAACAAAGGUUUUAGUUUCUGUCGACACUGCCCUCAAAGUUAGGUCUUUAGCCCAAGCAUAUGUACUUGAGAAUACUGACUGGCCCUUAACUAAUGUCAUCCUGUCUGCUACCUGGUAUGUUUACUAAAAUAUCCAAAAAGAUGCUGGAAUGUUUAAGUUGUGUGUCACGUGAAACCCUCCUUUUGGGGCCAUUGGGAACCCAGGAGCGGAGCACAGUCUGCCCAUAAACAGCCCACAGCAGCACCACAAUCUGACAUGAGGUCAUGUCCUAACAUCAGGCAGACACAGGGGCAGGGUCUGUUGUUCCAGGUUAGUGUAUAUGUGGAAGAGGUUUAGCAGUGUAUGCGACCGACUCUGUCUCAUGGCAGCCUGGAUGAUUGCCAGAUGAGCUUGGCUUGAUGGCUGGCUCCUGUUUAAUGUCAGAGUCACUUCUAAAGCUGUACCUGGUAUGUGCAGUAUUUGACCUUAAGGUCUAGCCAGACACACUGGCUCACAGGAGUUUGAUUGACAUAUAAGUACUCACCAUGAGAUAUAACUGGAAGUCUGCAAAUAACCUAUAAUCAUAGUAGUAGUAAUGAUAAUAGUAAAAAUUAUAAUAAUGAAAACAAUAACAACACUAGCUGUUGUAAUGAUACACGGUUGACAGAAAAAAUGGUGUAAACUCUAAGUAGAGUAUCACUGUUGUCCUCUGCUUGCUGCUGCUGUCAUGUCAAAUCAUUAUUACUCUGCAUGUGGAGUCUUCAAUAGCCAUUGGAUAAAAGGACUCCUGUGUAUGAUCAUAACAGUGUUGGUCCAGUUUAAAUAGGAGUGUGAAAGCACACUGGCUUACAGCUUCAGUCAAACAGAGGCUCAUCCGUAUAGAUUAGUUAGCUGCAACUGAAAUUCCAUACAUAACUACGGUCAGGAAAAGCAUUUUGACCCCCUAUAACUGACAGAGUGACUCCAUCUGUUGAGCAUAUGCUGACGAUGGGGUUGCUACUACACUGUAUGAGCACUGAGACCCUCCCCCUGCCACCUGACAUAGUCUAAAGGAGGCAACUUCUUAAACCUGCCAGCUCAUUGUGCUUUCAUAUUUAACCUCUGUUAUACUCUUAACCUUUACCUUUAAGCAUUUAGUGCAGAUGAGACCAACAUACGGCUAUAACCAGCCCUUCAUGCUGGGAGGCUGUUCUUUUUCAUGAGUACAUAUCACCACAAAUAAGGUGCUGGAAAGAAUGAGAUUCAUGUUACCAUGACCUACUCAUGAUUGCUAUUUUAAAUAUGGAAGCGGCACACCGUAGCCAGAGCUCUAAGAAGCUUAAGGUACAUUUGUUCCCCAAACCAGAGGACUUUGAGCAUCUCUUUUUAUCCCCUUUAACCUUGCUUUCAUUUGAUUAUCCUCUUUACUGAGCAGAAGGGCUGAAAACAAAACAUCUAUGAUGUUUGGUGAGGCCAGUGUGAGAUUAUGCUGCUAUAAAGAUGCUAUAAAGAAUAUGAUAAAUAAACCAACAGCAAUUACACCUUGGUAAAGAAGUAUAGAUUUGGUUCCUACGCCCCAGCCAGGUCUUUAUCCUUUUUCUCGAAUGUUGACUGUAUCUGGGUGUCAAAGGACAGUCUUCUCCCACUCAAGACAGCCUAUAAGAAAGUGCAGAUUAUGAGGCAUCAACAGCAUGUUCUUGAAGUUGACAUGGAACAUUUGGCUUUAUAAAUAGCUCAGACUAUAGACCUGCCAGCCUGAUGUUCUGUUCUUAUAAAGAUAGGCAUUUAUUCUGCAGGGUUAUUAAUGAUCAUCCUGCCCUGGCAACUAAGGGGAAAGGCAUGUUGUGGCAAAUGAGCUGCUGCGAAUGCUCCUUGUCUGGUCAUUGGUGUUGGAGGCAGAGGCUUGGCCACACGGUGGAGAAGUGGACGGGGUAUUAACAACAGGGCCAGGCUGGCUGGGAAGGGGAUUGUGCAAUCGUAUUUGCAAACAACACUUGCGCUCUCAUUCAUAGUGCUCAUGUCAUGUCUGUUAUUUUUACCAGCUGUGACGUCGGAGAAGAGGAAAGCAACAGAAACAGAGGGCUAAAUUUAGUCGGCUCUAUAUGCUUCAAAAUGCUUCAACACUGUCUGUGUUUUGGGGAUAAUAUUUGCUCCUAGAUGCAAAUUUAUUUCCUCUCGUUCCUCUUGAAACUACUCUGCCUUUGUGUUCCACUUAAUCGAUGUUUUAUUUGAAUUCUUUACCUUCCCAGUAAGAAUCUAUUUCUCCUUUUAACUUAUUUGGUUUGUGACCAAGUGUUAAAUGUGUGUGUGUGUGUGUGUGUGUGUGUGUGUGUGUGUGUGUGUGUGUGUGUGUGUGUGUGUGUGUGUGUGUGUGUGUGUGUGUGUGUGUGUGUGUGUAAUUUGGCCAGUUUGCACCACCAGCUGGUUAAUUGUCCUCCAGUCUGGUUCAGCGGUAAUAAGAGUGACUCAAUACCAGACAAAAGAAACGGCUUCACUGAGAGACAGUAGCCCAUUGGCCGAGCCUGUGACAGCCCCCUCCCCUCACAGGCGCCCCUGACCGUACACGCUUGCCCGCCUACUCCCCCUCCCUCCACUCUCCUCACUGCUGCUUGUUUUCUCCAACUUGCAUGCAGGCCAAACACACGCUUACUUCUCUGUGCCAAGUCUAGUCUAGAGAACCUAAGAACCCGGGUGCUAAGGACAAAACCCAAACCAGCAAGUGAACAACAGAGAGGAAAAGCAGAGAAAAUCUGGCCGUAGCUAAUGCUCCUGACUGUGUUCUAGCUGGAGGAGACUUCUGUGGAUCUAUCAAUGACUUCUUUGUUUGGUUUAUUGCAGAGUUCCCCCUCUUUCAGCCCCCUGGAAACAGCCUCCGACCUGCAGCAGUAGUAAGUCCAUUUCACUUCUGCUCAUUGAAAUGCUUGUGUUUGAAAUGUGUUUACCAUCCUCCAGGAUGUAAAUGUGAAUAAAUGUUAGUGAGAGGUCUGUCCUCCUUGUAUGAAGCCACUUACAGCGGGGGACUUGAGCUUCCUGAGGAGAUCCUGUUAAAAAGGCGAAAAGCUACAGAACAGUGUGUCCUCUGUCUGGAUUUAAUGGUGUUUCUCUGAGGGGUGGGUGGUUGUUGUGUGAAGACAUGGCUGCUGUGUGAUCAUUUAUUUAAAGACAGCAACCUGGAAUAGCAGGAACUGCCAUGUAACUUAAACAAAUUAUCUCCCUCUGAAUGGGUGUGACUACAGAGCUCUGACCAGCAACUGGAGUAUGAGAGAGGAUGCCAGCUGUUGUUAAAGUGAAGCCAACCAAGCUCUGGAUUCUGUUUGUUUUUGUCUGCUGAUACUGACCUCUUCUGUUUUUGUUUGUGCACUGAAAUUUAAGGAAUUUUGGAAGAUGAACACUGACUGUCUUGUGCAGUCAAAGGAAAACAAACUUCUCCCUCCCUAAACGCUCCAAACUUUCCAUCUGCUUUAGUCAUUAUGUGAUUGUGGCCAGAAUUAGGAGGGCAGAUCCAAUCCAGUUCUUUUAAUCCACUGAUUCAUAAUGAAGUAAGAGACUCCUGACUGGUGGACGUACACUCAACAAACCUUUCACAGGGAACCUCGUGUCCUACACUGAUUCUCUCAAGUGAGGAUGUUUAUUUUGGACCUGUCUUAAAAACAUAAUGAUCCCACAAUUACUUUUCAACACAAAUGAGUGUGUUUUCAGGCCUCGAUUUGGAGCUUAUUCUGUGUUCUUUUUUUUAAUAUGCUUGGAAACUAAAAUACAACUAGAGUAUAUAUAAUAUUAGUAUAGAUAACCUUAACUUGGGGGUCUGGCCUGACAUUUGGAGCUGUCAUUCUGGUGCAGAAGUUGCAUUAGAAGUGACGGGACUGAUAAUCAUUUAGUAGAAAUAAUUCAACGGUUUGGUUGACCUACAGAUUUUUUGUGAAACCCUCUGCUGUUCAUGAAGCUCUCAUUUAAAAAAGGCCUCCUGUUGAGGUUUUGAGCUUAAGCCUCUGACUUUGGAGACAGGGAAAUGAUGCUUUUCCAAAUUACGUAUUACUCUGUCUCCUGUGGGUCUUCAAGGGUUUUUAUCUCACCUGGAUGAUCUAUGGCUGGUGUUUGACAAUGUUUUACUGCUCCAAAGCAGCAGUGUAAGAAACACAUGAGUUGCAUGUGAAAGACUGUAAACCUGAGAGUUGUACAGGUGCAUGGCAGAGGCUGAUGCACCAUGUGGGAAUGUUCAGGGAAUAUUUAUAGAAAUCUGUCCUUUCGGCCUCUCUGGAAUGCGAAGAUAUGUGUGGUAGCUGUGGCCUCCUCUCAACAGCAGCCUCUAAAUGUUGCACUGUCUUCCUUUAGUUUGACCUUUUUCGUCUCAAAUGAUUUUAUCUUCCAAAUGUUAAUCACCCACUUUAAACAUUUCUGUUUGCAUAAAACCUGAGUCACGCCUCCUGCAAAAUUAUCGACUGUUUCUAAUCAGCUGUCUGCUUUUCUCCCACUGCUGUUUAGCUCCUCAGGCAAUACUGGGCACAGUGAGGCGGAGAAGGACAAUGGAUCAAUUGCAAGAGAGUCUGGGGUCCCAGAGUGUGACCGUCAUGUUUACAAGAGUGUCCUGGAGGGCGGCGACAUUCCCCUACAAGGUCUAAGGGCCUUAAACAAGCGCCAUGGCAGCUCCUCCUCCUCCAAAGGUAGGAUGAUAGCUAUUUCAAAUACAGCUGCUCAGAAGCAGGUGUGUGCGUGUCUAUUAAUGUGGAUGUUUGAACCAGACAAAACCAAGAUUUUGACCUUUUCCUGUCAGGACAGACUAAUAAGUUUCAGGCACUGAUGUUUGACUGUCAGGCAGGGACACAUGUGGUUUUACUUUCUGUUGGAAUUUAUCAUUUUCUUCCUUUGCAACCUUACAGCAUCAGCCAAUCACCUUGCAGCUUUCUUUAUCCAUUGUUGUAUUUGAUUUACUGUUAAUGCUUUCAGUAUUUUCCUUGUAUGUGUAAUUGGCAUCUGCCCUGGAAAACAUGCAGGGAGCAAGGUUGUCUUGCCAAAUUAAUGGAGGCUAACCUUUAGGAUUUCCCCCCUCUUGCUCCAGUUGUGGGAUCCCAGUUGCUAAGCAGGCCUAAGGCGAGACUCAAGGGUGUUAGAGCAGCAGGGAGAGGGAAUGGAUAUGGAGGGUUGAGCAGGAUAAACAGAGCUCAGGUUUUCUCAACCGGACCAGACAGGGUGAGAUAAACAGGAGGGACACUGGGGGUAGGUAUGCAUGAGGAAGUCAGCUGUCAUUGUGAGGUCAAAGGCUGGAAUGGAGGACAGGAGGAUGCAUAAGAAGGAGAAAGGAAGGAAGCUUGUGACUCAACAUAUGUUUUCACCGAACACCUACAAAGAAGUACGCUAGGUGUCGCCUAAGAAACUGCCCAUUCAGAUGUAGAGUUUUAGCGUGUUUCCAUGUUUAUAUACAGUGAGUAAAUUCAGCAAACAUACACCACAAUAGAUGGUUUGGCUUUAAUUCAAAUUGCGAAGCCAUGCGGUAAAUGGAUUUGGCACUCGAGCCAACUGGCUAGCACGCUCCUUCAGAAAUAUCCGAGCACUAGAAACCAAGCCACUCAUCAUGUGUUUCUGUCUUGUGCUCGUGACAUAAAAACUAUCUGUUUCAGUCUCUGUGUUCUGAAGAGCAAAAGCCUGAGGGAUUUUCUUCAGUAGCCAGAUCGCUGCAGUUGUCACAAGACAUGAAUAAAACCAGAGUUACUUCCUCACUGAUGGGGAGGUAAAAGAUUGGGGAGGGCUGACUGACUGAUGGGUCCCCCAUGCUGCAGAAGUGUGUCAUUUCCCUGGGUCUGUCAUGCCUUGGUGGGAAGGCUGACUGAGGAUACAUGUUAUUGAUGGCCCUGGGCAGAAUCUGUAUUUAAACAGGGGAACCAUAAGGGUAUCACAGCAGCCUGAUUCUAACUAGUAAAAGGAGAUGAUGAGAAUAUAUGUAGGAGGUUAAAGCAGGACAUGCUGCAGGAAUGUGAGGGCCCUACCUUCAUGCAAAAAAAAGUCAAAGAAAUCCAGUUUAUGAUUAUUAUCUUUAGAUUUUUCAGCAAGACUAAUGUUGAAGUUAGACUCUGUAAACAGCCUCCAGCAUUACAUAACACUCCAUGGCAUAUCGGUGUUUCAGUCCUUCAUGUUUUACUCAUUGCAAGAAUCUGUUAGAUCAAAUUUUACCUUGAUCCAUUUUUAGAAAAUGCAAAACUCUUCACUGCAGUGAUUUUAACUCCCAUUUAACAUUUGAUACAUGAUGCAUCAAGCCUGCUUCCCCUCCUCAUCCUCUUUUGAUGGAACUUAGAAAUGUGCCUGACUCUGUUUGAGUGUGUGUAAACCUGUGACCAUUGCAAUCUAAUAUCUUGUUUAUUCUGUUGUCCUGCAUGCUUGCCAGUGGAUUAUAAAGGUGGGAAUGGCUAUAUAAUUUCACCCUGCUCCUCUGUAAAUAGUCGAACGGUUCUUGCCAGUAGUGCAAUAGGUAACCAGUGUAAAAGUAUGAAGCCUCUGUCUGCUGCCAAAGCCUGCAUACCCCAAAUUCUACCCUCAAAGUUCAAGCCGAACUUGCUGCCACCCAGUGGUGACAGUCAAGAAAGCAGAAGCAAAGCUGUCAAGAACCCAAAGGCCCACAGCUGUGAGGAUCUCUACUAUGGCCCAUAUGACAAAGACUGUGCAGUCUCAGGAGAAAGAGGAAGUAGGAAACAUCCAGACUGUAUGUCCACUUGUGGUUCUAACUGUGCAGAUGGCCUCAAACAUGUAUCUGGUCCAAUUAGGAGGAGCGCAUCAGAGUUUUCCAGCCUUUACAAGUCCAUGCAUCAUAUCAAGCAGCCCAGCUCAGCUGGCUGCAGCCCCCAUGGCAGCGUCCGCAGCCUUGCUUCUCUUUUCGAGAAGACAAAUGCAGAGAGGGGUGAAAGGUCAGAGGCAGAUGAUGGGAAUAACAUUCCACGGGAUUCUGUGUCAUCGCGGGUCAGUGAGUUUGAAAUGAUCAUCCAGCAGUCAAGUUCAGCGCCCUGCCGCUCCUCCUCGCUGCCCACCUUGCACUCUGGCCAUAGCCACAGUCCCACCCACCUCUACAUGGUGUCUGCAGUGUCAGCAGAGUCCCUUUUGAUUGCAGACGCCAACCAGGCAAUAGCCUGCUCCCCAGUGGAGGGUGAGGGCAAGAAGUCUAUCGAGGAGGCUGCACCCUCGUCCAUGGCUGAGCAGGAUGUCAGGACUGAGUCUCCAUUCAACACUGAGGCAGAAGUGGAGCAGAUCUUCAGUAAAAGUCCCCAAGAGCUCAUUGACCAAAGAAACAGUGGAUCAAUGAGUUCCUCAGCUCUGCUUACAGCAUCCCCACCAAAACAGAACUUUGCCCACCACCACCACCACCACCAUCACAUGCUUCAGCACCUAAACCAUCAACUCUUCCUCAAACCCAGCAAAUGCAAAGGCUCCUGCCCAGCCUCCUACACACGCUUCACGACCAUCCUUCGACAUGAGAGGCAGCAAGCUAUGACCCAACAGGAGAAGCCUCGACAUCUGGAGAAGAGGACCUCGCUCCCUGGGAACCUCUUCCUGAUGGGCCCUACCCCCUUUAGGUUACGUAAGACCUUGCAGCCCCAUCAAACUCGGAAAGCUCUAGCCACCAGGGUGACAGUGGGCAUCCAGAGACCAUCCACUCUGUCUCCUGAGCUUAGACCUCUGAUCCCUCAGCGCUUGUCCUCUCUAGAGGUCCUGGAGAGGCUGAAUAACACAGAGGAGAGCAACGCUGACCAUCUGAGUAACCGGCACUACUUGGACGCCAAUGGAAACCUACUGCAGCUGCUGGCAGCUCACCGCAGAGGUGGCUAUUUCCAUCCAUUCAACACUGUCACCCUCCUCUCUUCUCCUUUUGUAGAUACACAUAAAUGCUACCUUCUCUCCACAAAGCCACACUGCCACCCUCCAUCUGUAGUCUGUGUGGUGUGUUGACAAAGUGACAGGGAAGCCUCCAUCACAUUCUGAGUGUGCUGUUUGGUGCUCUCUUUUUUUUUAUCUCUGUGAAUGAGUAUGGUUCAACAAAUGCAUCAAAACACUUCAGUGACUGUAGGAGGUUCAGUGACCUUUUGGUAAUGUAUAUACUGUCAAUCGCCUGUCCUGGGACAUCAGAUAUGAGUUGUAUGCAAGAGUAACCCAGCCUGCAUGAGUAUCCAUACUCGCAUAACAUUGUAAUUGACCCCAUCAUGAUGCGGGAUGUCACAUAGUCUCUUGACUCAAAGACUAAAGCUAUGAUCCUCCAUCUCUCUAAUAUGAACUUCUGGAUGCUUCAGUACUACAUUGCAUACAUACUCAAACUGAUGUCUGACCAUGUCUGUAUCUGUUUUUAUUUUUCUUUGUAAACAGUUUGCAUUAAACAUCUGUCAUUCUUUCACCAUAAAAGGUCUGUUAGCAAGUGAGACAUAAAUAUUCAGGUUUUCCUUUCCUUUAGAUAACAGUUGCUCUUUUGAGGAUGAGACAAAAAUGAUAGGAAUGUAAGUUAAGAUGAUGAAGAGCUUAAAUUGUAUAGUUUAACCUCAGUUCACUGAUAGAUCCUGGUGGUGGUGGUUCAGUAAAACUUUGAUAUCAUGUUAAAUUUCUCAGCCACUUUACUAUUUUCCUGCAUUUUUUGAUCAUGGACACACAUCUGAUCAUCCUGUGUUCAUUCCUCUGUGCAUGCAGGAAUACAUUUGGCUUUUGGAUGUGUGUGUGCUUUCUGUUUCAAUACUGCCAAAGAUUAUGGUGUUAUUUUGAAGCAUGCAUGAUUGUACUUGUUGCAUAUUUCUGUGAUAUUGGGAUUUAGGGAUUUACUACAAUACCAUUAUCUAAUAUUUAAAAGUCUUUGUCCUGCUCAGGCUCAUUUCACAGAUACAAAGUCGUCAAAGCUGAAUCCUCCCUCUCUUUCUAUUUUAGACUUGUCCCCAUCUCAUGGGGAGAGCCACGAUGAAGUUUUGCGGCGGCGACACGGGGACAAAGAGGUGAAUUUCAGACAUUCAACUUCUACCUCUCUUCUUAGUAAAAUGGGGAGUUUAUCCUUCUUCAAUGCAUGAAUCAGUCUAGUAACAAAAAAAAGUAGAGGGAACUGGUUUCUGGGAGGGACAAACAGCUCCGUGUUGUUUCCUGGCAGAAAAUCUUGGAGGAGCAGCGGCGGCUGAAGCGGGAACAGGAAGAGGCUGACACAGCAUCGAGGCGACACACAGGCAUUGUUCCAACGCACCACCAAUUCAUCACCAAUGAGCGCUUUGGAGACCUUCUUAACAUCACAGAUAAUGCAGAAAAGAGGAAAUCAGGCAUUGAGGUACAUUAGCAGGCUGUUUCUUAUCCUUCUGUAAGCAGGAACAAAGACAGCAGAUGUCUGUGUGUGAGGGGGUGAUGGGCCUGUCAGCAGGAUUCCUGCAGAAACAGAGAUAGCUGUGUGGGUCAGAAAUUUAAAAAAAAAAGAGGACAACAGUGAAAGACAGGAAAUAUGAGUUCAUCCCUUAACAUUGCACAUAGUUUUACAGCUACCGCUCCAAGAUGAUGAGAAAUAAUGUCACUAGUAUUAGUUUCAACUGUGUUAAUCAGUGUGUUUGUGCAGGACAGUCUGAGGGGUUUGGAUGAUUAUGUGUAUAUAGUGCAAUGAAAGGACAAAUUUGCUAUCAGAUACAUUUUUCUCACAUAUUUCUCACCCAAUUCUCUUUUUCUGUAUGCCCAUGCUCACAGAGGACUCCAGCCAUGGCUCGCUUUGACUUCAGAGCAGAAAGUUUGAAGUAAGCAGAUCUAAGCACCUGAGUAUAUGAUGUUUUCAUGUAUAUGUGUGAAAAAAUCAAUCAAUCAUCAAUCAAUUUAUCUAUCUAGCUAGCUAGCUAGCUAUAUAGAGAGCUGCCGAUUUUUCCUCUUGAACUGACUAUAAAGAAACAUGAUCCCUGUGAAAAAUAAAGCACGUUAAUAUGGAAGAGUCAGGAGCGGGGAUGUAGACAAGAAAACACACAUUUUUGGAGGAUUUUUGUUUGUUUUUGUUUUGUUUUCUACCAUGUACCUCAACAAAAAAAGGUGAGAUCUCAACAGUAAAAUUGGCAUGGAACUUUAGUGAGGCAAAGUAGAAAAUCAGUUUGAUUAUUCGAUGAAAGAUGUAAUGAAAAAAGUCAAAAUACAGUGUGUUGAAUGUAGAGAGGAAAGCUGAAGUUUCAUUUUCGAAAGGAUGUCUGGUGGUGAUGCCACACAGUCAGUCAGGGUGUCAUUGUUAUUUAUUUAUCUAUUUAUUUAUUUAUUUAUUUGUGAUCCUGAAACCAAAUUAACAUUGUUUUCUUUUAUUUACAAAAAAGAAAUAGGAUAACUUUCUGCCCAACCUAGUAAAUCAGUAACUAAAAAAAGUCCUCCUUUUAUUUUACUCUUAUCCCUGAUUUCAAAUCUCCUCUGUGAAUUUGCAGAGCUAUGAUCCUUGUUUGUUUACAGUGUGUCUCUCUUUGUAGGGAAUUACCCUUUCAGAAAGGAGACAUUGUCUACAUCAUUCGACAGGUGGAUCAAAACUGGUAUGAAGGGGAGCAUCACGGAAGAGUUGGGAUUUUCCCUCAGAGUUAUGUUGAGGUUGGUGAGCUCUCUCUGUUUGUUUCCUGUUCUGAUCUUUGUUUUAUUUUAUUCUCACUAGCCUAUUUCUGCAUGAUGACAUAGAGUAUAAAUCUACUUGUGUUUCAUGUUUAUUGAGACAGUCUUGUGACUUUACUCCUGCUCCAGCUGCUCCCUCCUACAGAGAAAGCCCAGCCGAAGAAAAGCGCUCCGGUUCAGGUGCUGGAGUACGGGGAGGCGAUUGCUCGCUUCAACUUCACUGGGGACACUGUGGUGGAAAUGUCCUUCAGAAAGGUUCGGAGUGGGAAUUACUCAUGUAAAACUAAGGAACACUAAUGUGCUGGGAGCUACAAGUAAGCAUUUAGUCUUUUGUUUUUCAUGUUUUUCGUCAGUUUCUCACCUCUUUAUUUAAAUGUGUGACUACAGGGGGAAAGAAUCACGCUCAUCCGUCGGGUUGAUGAAAACUGGUAUGAAGGCAAAGUCUCUGGAACCAACCGCCAAGGCAUCUUCCCGGUCACUUAUGUAGAAGUACACAGAAGACCCCGAGUUAAAAAUGGGGUUGAGUAUCCAGACCCUCCUGUUAGCUAUUCGCCACAGCGUAGCACCAACGCCUCUCCUCAGGUAAGGACCCUUAAACUCAUCUGCUCAGGAAGAGUCUAUCCACCGUUUUUCUUACCUUACACCUGUCUCUUUUCAAUGUUUUUGUUUUGUAAUUAUUAUUUAAAGCCUUCAGUUCCUCUUUUUUCUUUAUUGAUAUCCUCUUCCUCUUGCUUUCGUCCCAUCUCUUCUUCUUCCUCCCAUGUUUCUGGCACUCUAAAAAGCUGUAUCGUAAUCAACUUACCACCUCCCCCCUGCCCCUCCCUCGCUCAACUCGUCGCUCCGUGUCCCCUGAGGUCCACGCUGUGUCCUCUGAGUGGAUCUCUCUGACUGUAGGAGGAGGGAGCCCCCCUGCUGCCCCCACCCCUCCCCUGCCACCUCUGCCCAGCGUGUCCUAUCGAUGUGGCGAGUACCUGCCCCCACCCUACUCUGCCAGCCCUGUUCCUCCCAUCACUGGCAGCCCAUACUGUGUCUCCCCCAUGGCUUCCCCAGCUGCCUCCCCUCUUCCUCCGCCUUACCCACCCAGGCCUAAUUCAAGUACUCCCUUUCUUACAUUCACCCCUCCUCAGGGGGAAGACUUCAUGCUCUCCCCUCCCUCCCCUCAUCCUUCACGCAGUGUGAGCCCCAGUGGUGGGCCUGUGCUGGAGGGCUGGCUAAGGGGGGAGAAGGAGUUCACUGAGGGGGAAGGUGCAGAGGGGGAUAUUGGUGUCUCAGCACUGGGCAGCAGGAAAAAUAGCCCUGCAGAGGUAUCUUCUGCAUGGUUUGCGGUGUUGCAUCUCAGGCUCACUGUGAAACGCCGGCUUUAGGCCACAGUUUGUUGCCAUGAAAUACUGGAAAUGUGUGAUGGAUCCAUUUUGAAGGAUGUGACUAACUUGAAUAUUUUACUUGGAAUUACAAAUGCUGGUCUCAUUUAGGCAGAAUUACCUCAAACUUGUUCCACAGCUAAUGGCUGCAAGUCUGCAUGCUGUUGUUGUGUGUGCUUGAAUAACACCCAAAUGUUUUGAAGAGCUUCGUUUUGUUGAUGGAGAGAUUUUCUUGCUCUAGAGGACACGAGGAUGUGUUUAUAUUUUAAGGAUGAUUUUGACAAUAAUGCUCCCUUCUUCUCUAUGUCCAUUUUAAUCCAAUAACUCGGCUGCUGGUUUAAGGUUAGAUCUCUUUUAGAUAGUUUCAUGAUCAUCAGGGAGUAUUUGUAGGUUUAUAUGUAACUUUUUGUUUCAAAGGCUUCUGCAAGGUUGUACUUGGAAAGGCAACCUGACUGUGGUUGAAGAUAAAAUGAUUGACAGUAAUAUGAUAGACUGUGUAAACACAAGAGAACGUCUUAAUUUCCAAAUAUCUCUGCUAAUUUGACAUGUUUGUUUUUCAGUCUGUGAGAAAUGAGACUGAACAUCAUGAACAAAGCUCCAGAAGUCCUGUGAUGCUGUUUGACAUCCAAGAUAACAACAAUGUUAACUCAUUUGCGGUAAGCUAGCAGAAAGCUUUUUUGGACUACUGCACACUGAAAAAAAGACUUCAAAUUUGUCUGACAACUUCAUUGCCUGUUUAAGUGUUAAUUCAUCACCUUCACUUCUCUCACUUCAUCUGAAACUCCCAGUGUGUCUCAAAAAUAUGCACUUUCUCUUUGAUAUGUGGAGUAUUCAGUGGCUGUACCUGUCAUCUUCCUUUUAAUAUUGCAUGAUCACUCUUGAUACUUUCCUUUAAAAGUGGACUAAUAUCUCAUGUUUACUGUCUACAUGUUCUCACUCUGGUCUCGUCCUAUCAUGCCUGUCUUCCUGGCCUCCACCAAUGUCUCCUCUGCUUUUUCUCCUGCCUUUUAACGGAUCACUUCCUUGUCUGCCUUGCUACUUACUGGACCUACCUUCCUGUCUGGCACUUCACCCACUUCCUUUCUAACUCUUCACCAUCCCCUUCAACUUCACCUCAACCUCUCCCGGGGACCUGGUGGGGCUGCUGUUUGUUUUUCUCUGAUGACUCCACCCCCUGUUACUGCAAAUAGGAGGCAGUGUGUAAUGAGAUCAUGAAUAUAGCUGAGACCUCAGUGAGGUACUGCAGUACCUUGUCCCACUACCCCAAUGACUCUGUCCAAAGUCUACACUCCAAUCCCAGUAAACAAUCUCUCAUCAUUUCCCAGCAACCCCAUUCCCACAGCAGCAGCCCAGAGCCAGGCAGUCUCAAAUGUGGAAUGUGAGUAAAAUGCUUUUCCCAAUCAGUCACAGUUUUAUCUCUCUUUAAAUUAAACAACCCUUCAAUUUACUCUGAUGCCUAAUAGUAUCACAUUAGAUUUCAAAGUUAAUCACUUUCAGCUUGUUUCCUGCCUUAGUUUCCAGGCUCUGUACAGUUACGUGCCACAGAAUGAUGAUGAGCUGGAACUGCAGGAGGGUGAUCUCGUCAGUGUUAUGGAGAAGUGUGAUGACGGUUGGUUUGUUGGUAUGUGCUGUAGAUUUCUUUGAGAUGUAGUCACUUUAAUACAGAGAGUGACUACAAGCCUGUGAAUGUAGAGUCAUUUUGGCUUUGUCACACCCUAUAAUAAAUAUGAAACAUACAUGCACUGUGCAUGCUCAGGCUUUGCAAUUCAUAUUGAAAAUAGUUUUAUUAUAAUUAUUAUUUAUCAAAGCCUUUAAUCUUAAAACAGAAAUAUUGUCUCGUCCCUGUGUAAAUGCGUGUUAUGCUCUCUUUUUCCUACAGGUACAUCAAAAAGAACAAAGCAGUUUGGGACUUUUCCUGGGAAUUACGUGAAGGAGGUGAAACUGUAA